GGGCAGGGAUCCCGGAGGAGGCGAAGGCGCCCCUCCUUUCGUCCCCACAGGAGGCUGCCUCAGCCCUUGCACGAUCCUUCCCUCCCUCCGGGCGCACCCCGCUCCCUCUCUCAGCCCGGAUCCUGCACAUCUUCCUCCUCCUCCUCUCCCUCCCCCCCUCCCAGAGUGGCCCCCAGCAGCCCCACCCCUCUGAGCCCCAUUGUCUUUCCCCUCCCCACUCGCUCGCCCCCCCCCCGGGAAAAGGAGCUCCCCCGUCCCCUGCUUCCCUCUUUCCCUCCCCAUGGAUUACAGGCUCCCCUCGAGGGAAGACGUAGGCAUGGCCCUUCUCUGCCCAGCACCUUGGGAUCUGUCGCUCAGGGUUGCUGCUCUGGAGUGAACCGCCGGGCGAUCCUUAAAGGAAGGUCCCGCAGCGCUGGAGGGGAAGGAAGCGGCUUGCCUGCUCCCCACACCCGACGGCUCCCCCGGCUCGGCUCGCCUCCGCUACCAUGGACAGUAUCCUAGAGCCCUUCCCUUCGGAGCGCCUCUUCCCCGGAGGAGCCUCCAGCUUCUUGGAUCUGGGCGAUUUAAACGAAGCGGAUUUUCUCAGCAAUGUGGUAAGAGCGGAGCGGCGGCUGGACGGCGUUUGAGGUUGCUGGGUGCGGGCCAGAGAGAGAGAGAGAGAGAGAGAGAGACGGGGGGUUGGUGGUUGUAGGUUUGUAAAGCGGCUUUCCUUGCCCGAAGGUCUGAGGGCCUCUCGGUGGUCUCUUCUGGACCCUGGGGUGAAGGGAAGGGUUCGUAGGUGAGCAGGAGGAGGUAGGCUGGGGGUAAGUCGAAAAGAGCCUUAGCUGUGUCCCGGGAUGCCCCUGGCUUGCCUGCAGCCGGCUGCCCCUUGUUGUGAACUGCUACCGCGAUUUUAAUAUGCCAGUCCGGAUAUGAUCAGCAACACGUGUCACAUACACAUUCACACGAGCGUUUCGUCCCCUGUAAAUGUAAGCAGCCGUUCCACCCCGUUCCUUGCCGGCACGGUUCAAAAAGCGCCCGUUGAUUCGCGAAGGCGUGAUGCACAUCACUUGAUUUCGCAACGCUUGGUGACUAGCAAAGGGUCUCUAUUAAAAUGCAGUGUCUGGCAUAAGAUGGAAACGUUACCUCUGGUCUUUGAUUUGUGAUGUCUGUUUCAUGGACUUGAUGCAACAGCGAGGGACCCCUGGCCCUCCAGGUGUCGUUGGAUCCCUACUCCCAUCAUCCCUGACCAUUGGCUGUGUGGCUGAUGGGAGAUGGAAUCCAACCACAUCUGAAGGGACACAGUGGUCUUCAGGAGAUAAUCAUGCAUGGGUGAAGCAGCCCCAGGACUGCUUCAAAACAUGCCAGCUGCGAGGUGAACAUGGAUGGAACUUGUGAUCUGAGUGCAAAAUUUCACCUCACCAUGCAACAAAUGGUUGUUGCGAAUCUAUUCUUAGAUGACCUAUCUAUGGUAAUGGAACGUCUUAGAGUUGAUUUCCAUUUUUAAAAAAAAUCUAUUGUAGGACUACUAUGUUCAUUUACUUAACAGUGGGGUUCCAUGUGAUCUUAAAGUUGUGAAUAGGUGAAUAUAUUCAGUAAAGUGUCCCAAAAACCUUAAAUCAGGUCAAAAAUCAGGCCAGAACCUUAACACCACAGGCUAAUGUAUGUGGUGUUGAGGCAAAUAUUACCUCUGAGGGGCCACAGUGUAUUCAGGAAAUCUGUGAUGAGAAUUCUCUCUAGCAGUGAGCAUGGGAGAGAGCUCCAAUUUAGAUCAAAGCAUCAGUAUUGGUGGGGGUGGGGUAGGGGUUUAAAGCCUCCCCUCUGUGCUAUUUACCCUGUCUAAAUCCGAAGUCCCACCUGAGCUGCUGUUAGACCUCCUGAGGAAUCUGUGGUGGAUUUCCUGCUUCUGUCUAAGCUUAUGUAUGCACUGGCAAUCCAAAUCAGCAUGUUACUAUAACAACAGUGAAGGGUAAUAAUGUGGCGGGGGGUAUUGGUUUGUUUUUGUUUCAUUAUGUAUUUUGUGUUCUCAUUUUGUAUCUUUAUGCUGUGAACCACCUUGUGAUUUUUGGAUGAAGGGCGGUAAUAAAUAGUAAUAAAUUAUAAUUAUUACAGGUUAAUCACUCUAGAAUAAAGGAAUAUGACUCUAGAAUAAAGGAAUACGACCUUCUGAAAGCUUCAUCUUGGCUAAGCCCAUCUUAACUGUAGUCUGAAGAGUUUCUCCAGAAGUACGGGGGGGCGGGGUCUUAUAUAUUUGGUGGGUGGGAACCCACAAAAAAAUCUCACACAUGAAUACAGAAACCCUUAUGGGGCCUCAGCAAAGCAUCUGAUAGUGAAUAUAUACAACACAAGGCCUUUGAACCUUUGGGUGAAAUUUGUCUCCUCGACUGGAAACUGAAAUGGCAUCCUGUUGUAGACUGGGGCAUGCAGUUUCCCAUAUGUUAUAUACGGGGGCCACCUUUCCGUAAUGUCAAAUUUUAUUUUAGGAAUCUUUUUCACUCUCUGAAGCUUUGUUCCUGCCCUGGGUGUCUUAUAUCCUAAGAUCACCAGUGUUGAAGCAAUGAUUGUUCAACAUCAACGUCGUUGGACUGGUUAUGUUGGGCAGAUGCCUGAUGAUCGUCUUCCAAAUCAACUACCCUAUUCCGAACUUAAAAAUGGAAAGCGUAAUGCUGGUGGUCAGCAGAAGAGGUUUAAAGACUGUCUCAAGGCAAAUCUAAAAAAAUGUAGUACAAACACUGACAACUGGGAAACACUGGCCUGCGAGCGCUCCAGUUGGAGAACAGCCUUUACCAAAGGUGUUAUGGGCUUUGAAGACACUCAAACUCAGGAUGCAAGGGAGAAACGUGCUAAGAGGAAGGCAUGCCUGACAAUUCCACACCGUGAUCAACUCCCGCCUGGAAACCAAUGUCCCCACUGUGGAAGGACGUGUGGAUCCAGAAUUGGCCUCACAGUCAGUUAUGGACUCAUUGUUAAAACCGUGUUUAUAGAAGACUCAGCUACGAGUGAUCGCCAAAGAAGAUAUCCUACUCCAUAAGCAAGAGAUUCAGGGAGGGGCUGUCACUCAAUGGCGGAGCACUUGACCUGCAUUCAAAAAGUUCCCAAGUUCUGUCCUUGGCAUCUCCAGUUACCAAAAAGGACAUGGCAGUAGAUAAUGUGAGAAUUGCUUCCAGUCAGAGGGGGCAAUACUGGGCUGGGUGAACAAAUUGUUUGACCUGAUAUAAGGCCACUUUCCAUGUCCUUGUGCGGUGAGAGAUGCCACAAUUUUGUUUUCCACUAUUGAUAAUAUGGGACACAGGUGGUGCUGUGGGUUAAACCACAGAGCCUAGGACUUGCCGAUCAGAAGGUCGGCGGUUUGAAUCCCCGCGACGGGGUGAGCUCCCGUUGCUUGAUCCCUGCUCCUGCCAACCUAGCAGUUCGAAAGCACCCAAAAAAGUGCAAGUAGAUAAAUAGGUACUGCUCCGGCGGGAAGGUAAACGGCAUUUCCGUGCGCUGCUCUGGUUCACCAGAAGUGGCUUAGUCAUGCUGGCCACAUGACCUGGAAGCUGUAUGCCGGCUCCCUCAGCCAAUAAAGCGAGAUGAGCGCCGCAACCCCAGAGUCGGUCACGACUGGACCUAAUGGUCAGGGGUCCCUUUACCUUUACCUAUUGAUAAUCUACAUUGCCCUGGUGUGUAGGGCAAUGGUAUCUAGCAUAUAGUAUCUAGCUUAAUAGCAACUUGAAGCAAAUGGUUUCUCUCCUCUUGCGCAGUGGGGUUGUACUGACAAACCAUGUAUCAAUGACUACUAUAGUAGAUAAUUGUAUUAGAUCUACUUACAUUUGCUGCCUUAUCAAAAUUGCACAAAAUUGCUAAUUUUCUUUAGCUUUCUGUGUUUUAUCUGUGCUUGUUUUAAUUUUUUGGAAGCUACAUUGAGUCCUGGUUUUGGGGAAAGGUAGGGUAUAAAUAAAUAAAUAAUAAUUUUCUUGCUCCUCUGGUAUAACUAGCCCAUAUAAUAUAGUUAUUUGUCUGUUUCCAUCAAAUGUUACACUCACAAAUUAGAUAAGCCCUUCAUAGUGGGCACAUAUUACUGAUCUGUUUCACAGGAACGUUUGUAAGAAUGCCUUUCAAAUUAUACACUCUGUUUACAUAUUCACACAUUUUCUUCUUUAUUCUCAAAGGUGCUGAAAGGAUAUAGCAGUAAUUAAAAUAAAUGAGGUUGUAUUCAAGAUUAGCAGUCCAUGUUAAAAAAAAUUGUAUUAGAAUAUAUAUUUUAAAAUGAGUUGAAAGUGUGUGUAUUUUACUCAGUGGGAAAAUAGUAGCUUUGGGAAAGUGGCAUCUGGUGGGGACAAGGAAUUAACUCCCUCAUGUAGUGACAAUAUAAACCAGGCCCACAAAAUUUGCAUUAAAAAACACACAAAAUCCAAUUCUGAAUCUUCCAUUGCUUUGCCCAGCUCCUCCCUCAAAUUGGAGCCUAUGGGUUGCCCUCUAUGAAUGCAAGAAAAGUUGUGAGAGAAAAAUUUGGUUUGUCAGCAAUGUUGCAAAUAUUUCUUAACAUUUUUGCUGGCUAUGUAUACCAUGUUGUUUUUCUGGUUGAUUUAAAUUACAGUUCCUUUUUGGAUGGUGACUGCAAAACUGGCCUGAUGAAAAUGUAUGAUUAUUUCUUUCUCAUGAUCAGUGAGUCAGUUUCUAAUUAUCAAUAUUUAUAUGCAGUUGGGUUCCCAACACAUAUUUUUAACUCUUGCCAUCCAGUGUAUGUGUGUUGCACGCACUGUAUGCAUAUACACAUGCACCAAUAGGCAACUCCCUACUUGUAUGUGAUCAGCAUGCACACAACUGCUGGUGUGCGCACCGUUUUCAGCAUCUCAGGGCUGGCCUAUGUGCACACAGGCGGAGGAAGAGGCGUGGGGGGAGCGCACUGCCCCCAGCAGCACGAUCCCGGUGGGGUGCCAUUGUGGCUGCCCCUGCAGCCAGUGCGCCACGCCCCCAGGACACAUGCCACAUCCCUGCGGGCGGUGUGCCACACCCCUGGAAUGCACACCCUGCCCCUAUGGGUGGUGCACCACACCCCCGGGAUGUGCGCCAGGCCCACCCCCGCCUGUUCUCCGACCCCCAGUGCCGGAGCAUGAAGCUCUGCCACUGUAUGUGCGUCCCACUUAUGUGCAAUGCCUCAAAUCAUAACCCCCACAUAAAUGGGGAGUUGCCUGUACAUAUGCAUUUAGAGGCCAAAUCUGCUGCAGUCAGAAGCAGUGUCCAGGUGGAGAUUGGCAAAAAUGUCCUGGAAAAUCCAGAUGUAUGGCAACCAACGUCAAUUUUUCUUGAGAAAAAGCUCAACAACUUUAGUAUGCAGGAUUUUUACUUUUAGAAAUAAGGCAACCCUAUGUUCAUUGGAUUUUGGGUGUUCAAUAAUAUCUGUAUUUUAAUUAAGGUUGAGGCAGAGUAGUAUUAUCUGAGGCCUAAUUGUCAUGUAGAUGUCCUUUUAGAAAGGAAGUAGGAUUGGAAUUUGCCAUCUAAAAUGACAUGCUUAGGCUGUUACUUAUACCUACUUACCCAGGAGUCAGCCCUAUUGAACUCAACAGCACUCUGACUAUAUAUUUAUGGGAUUGUUCUGUUAAUAAGUCUGAAAGGAUUAAGUCAUUGGUUAACUUAAUUGGCUUCAUUAUGAAUUAUAAACAGAGCUCCAGUCAACACCAUCACUACCACCAGUUGUAGGUAUACUAUUAUUGUUCCAAUAGUAUUUAACAUUUCAUUAGCACAAGCAGCAUGGUACAUCAUAAAACACAGGAAUAACACAAUACCAGCCUAGAGGGAUUAAAGCCUAUAUUAGAAAGUCAGGGAUGGAGGACACUUAUAUUGGAUUGACUUGAGCAAAAUUAUGAUGGGGUUGGUUUAGCCAGUCUGAAACCAGCUAGGGGCACAUGGCCUGGGGGAUGUAAUCAGCUUCUCUGCAAUCUGUUUCUUUUCCAGUCUUUUAAUAGGACAGGUUUAUGAGUGACAUAUAGACCAUAUAUGACUGCUGAAUAAUGCAGGAGUAAUGGGAAUUGGACCGCCAGCAGGAUCGUCUGGGCCCAGUGUGUUAUUUGUAUCCAUGCCUCUUUCUGGUGGUAACAAUCAUUGGUUUUGCGACAACCCCUCUUGUCCAUGAGAGUUGGAUGUCCAUAACUGGUUUAUCUAUUAUACCCUUUGUUUGUGGUCAUGGCUGGGAAAUGAGGAUCCCCAACAUAGCUCUUCUGCCAAGCCCUCUUGGCCCUUCCAAUUUUUUGCUUUUGAAAAUUGAAGCUCUUUUGUUGUUAGUUGGUUGGGGAGGUCUGAGGUAACAUGACCCCCCCCGGUGUUUAUUUCACAUGCAUUUAAAAUGCCUGAAGUGGGCUACUGUGUGGGAAACCGGGGGUGGGGGCAGGGGAAGAAUGGAAUGGAGUAUUGUGGGAAAGGACAUGGCUGGAAACUUAAACAGUACUCGACGUCACAACAUUUUGCUGCAGGGCUCACUUGUUUCUUAAUUUUAUCAGGUCAUUAAGUACAUCCUAGCAGACCCUUCUAGCUUGGCACAGGGCUUCCUGUUUUGACCUUAGAAACCUGUGCUUGGGUUUCAAACUUGAAAGGAGUCUUCAAAAGUAAGGUUAAUCUUCCAUGCUAUGUUUACUUACAGACUGCAGUGAACUUUCUCAUCAUAUUAUUGUACUUGCUGCUUUAACCUUUCUAUUGUCAGCUGUAGACUUUGUUGAAUCUUGCCAGAAUGCUCCUAUUCAUUCGUUGUUUUCAUUAAUGCCGCGACUAAGACGGCACCUCUCACAUGUUGCUUCAGACACAGUCACCUUUUGUGCUUUAUUUUGGUUUCUUAACCGGUGGUCACUAGUCCUUUCUUUGGUUUUAUGCCCCUGACGUGGUGAGCCAUGGAAUUUAUCUCUUUCUGAGUUUUCAAACCCACAAUGAACCAACCUGCUUUGUCUUUUGGGACAGUGAAUGGCAAUGCAUUAAUAUUAACCAAGAAGUUUUUUUUUUAAGUUUCCAGAAUUGUAGAGUUGGAAGGGAUCCCAAGGGUCAUCUAUUCCAACCCCCUGCAAUGCAGGAAUCUCAGCUAAAGCAUCCGUGACAGAUGGCCAUCCGACCUCUGCUUAAAAACCUCCAAUGAAGGAGAGUCCACCACCUUCUGAGGGAGUCCUUUCUGUUGUCAAACAGCUGUUACUAUCAGAAACUUCUUCCUGACGUUUAGUCGGAAUCUCCUUUCCUGUAACUUGAAUCCAUUGGUUCAGCUCCUACCCUCCGGAUCAGGAGAAAACAAGCUUGCUCCAUGCAUUGAACAACUGGGUGCUGUCAUCACUGAUUGGGGUACCACAGUUUGGGUGACCUGGCUACUGUGUUGUUUUUGCCACCACCAGGCAUUUCACCUGCCAAUUUUCUGGCUCCGGGGAACAAGGGAGUUUUAAAGGCCAGUUGCUAGUAUCUGGCAAGACAGAAGUUACCUCGGGAUUGUAUCCUGCAAGGCAAUUGUUUUCCUGACCUUGGGUCUGGCAGAAUGGCCACGCUGAAGCUGAAGUAGCACCUGACAGGGGAGGACCUGAAGGAUAAAGCUCUGAAGACUACUAAUCAGGAUGGUUGUGUACUACUACUUCCAGAAUCAGAGACGGUAUGCAAGGGAUCAGGAGUGGAAGAGGGCUAUUGUUAUCAUGUUUACAGACUGACAGGUUUCCUACAGGCUGGCAGCUGUGAGAAUCCAGGAUGCUGGAUUAUAUAGGCCUUUGGUCUGAUCCAGCAGGGCCCUUCAUAGGAAACUAUGGUGAACAGAGCGAGGGAAAGCGCUCUGGAGCUGGGCAUACAAAAAGGGAAGGAUUGAGAUGGACAAGGCCUUGGGAUGUUAAACCAGCUUGCACUGAGCUAGGAUGGAAGUCCACCCAGUUCUCUGGUUUCUAACAGAAGCCCUAAAUCAGCCUUUUCCAACCUGGUGCCCUCCAGAUGUUUCAGACUACAACUCCCAUCAGCCCCGGGCUGUUUACACUGAACAUAACUGGUAUUGCACUGCAUUGAGAUUGUGAGUUCAUAUCAGUUUAGGGACAUUUCCAGGCUACAGUUGUUCAUUAUCAAGUUAGGCACUUUUCUUUUUCUUUUGCUCCAUUUUCUUUUGUUUAAAAGCAGCAAAUACUGUGUUCACAGUGGAUGAAAAAGUCUGUUAAUUGAAAAGGGCCAUAUGCAUUUAAUUCUGCCUGAGCACCCCUCCCCACCUCCAAAGAAACUGGAAUUAAAAGACUAGCCAGGAAUCCUUACCAGUUUCCAGUUUUGCUGGAUUCCUUAGUGCAGCGGGAAGCUCUCCCAGCUGCUGUGAGAGGUACACAGAUGUCUCUGGAGAGCUGAUGCCAGCCCAGCACUGUGGCCUACAUAGAAAGUGUCACACUUCCCAUUUUAUCAGCUGCAAACAGUUAGUUGAUCCAUAGCAUAUUUUGAGUUAUAGUUAGCUAGUUAAUUAGUUUAGCAGUGAAGAGUGAGAGUGCUGGAAAUGUCUUAUGUGGCUGUAAACUCAUUCAGUUCAGGCUUAUCUUUGCAGGGGAGGGGUUUGUUAUUGUUUUGUUUUUGUUUUUCUUAUGUAUUUUGUGUUUUUAUCUUGUAUUUUAAUGUUGUGACCCGCCCUGAGAUCUGUAGAUGAAGGAUGUUAUACAAAUCUAAUAAAUAAUAAAAAUAAUCAUCAACUAUCAGGUGACAGUCUAAACCAUGAUUCAAAUGGUUGGUGGCUGCUGGUGGCAGUAAAGUAAGAAAACGCCUUGCAGAUUUUUUCAAAACCAAUUUAAAGGAAAGUUAUAAGGAAGAAAGUAUGUGAAAAUAUUUGCAGAGUAAACUUAUUAAACACUCAUCAGAGGGUUGGAGCAUAGGCAUGUUUCUAACAUGAGCUGCAGAUGUUAACAAUAUCAUUGCAUGUGCUGGAGAACUGGCUUGCAUUUUGAUGCCUAAGAGUGCACAAAUUCUGGCUGGAAAUUGCCUCCUCUUAGAAGCAUUCUUAGCUAAAGCAUCUUCUUUGAGUAGAAAAAUGUCCAACUGGAAAUGCCUUUUCUUGAACGUUAACAUUCUGAAUUUUAAUGUGGGCUGAAAGUGCUGUCUGUACAGGCAAUCUAUAAAACCAUACAGGUUUUAAUGGCUCUCUCACAAGUGUAUGAAUGGAUAUAUGGUACACCUGCCUACACUAUGGAAGGAGGAUGAAAUGAUGUAGUCAUAGAAAGAUUAGAGCAGCCCAAGGCUGGUGAGUGCAUCCCUAUUUCUCCAUAGCAAGUAGUAUACUUUGCCGUCAUCCUCUCUUUGACCUGACCUUGAAUCUGUCUGGGGAAGUGAGAUCCAUUGGCUUUUCUCCCUCUUGCCCUUUUCCCUGAGCUUGUGAGGGAUACAGGGACCAGCUUCAGUACUGCCAUGCUUCCAGUGACAUGACCAUCAGAAGAACAUGAAAACCCUGCUGGAUCAGACUAAUGGACACAUCUAGCCCAGGAUCAUGUUUCCCACAAUGACCAAACAAUUGUCUCUAGAAAUCCCACAGAUUUGACAUGAAGGCAGUGACCCUCUCCUGCUCUUGCUCUUCAGCAUCUUGCAUCCAGCCGUGUAUUGGAGGUUGCAUGUAGCCGUUGUGGCUAGUAGCCAUUGAGACUCCUCCAUGGAUUUAUCUCGAUCCCUUUUGAAGCCAUCUAUACCAGUGGCCAUUACCGCAUCUUGUGGCAGCAACUUUCAUAAAUUAUCCACAUGCUGUGAGAAGGCCUAAGAAAAGAGAGGAAAGAGCAGAAGAAGGAAUCAUAGAAUAAUAGAAUCUUGUCAAGGACCCAAGGGUCAUCUAGUCCAACCCCCUGCAAUGCAGGAAUCUCAGCUAAAGCAUCCAUGACAGAUGGCCAUCCAACCUCUGCUUAAAAACCUCCAAGGAAGGAGCUUAACAUGCAUGUGCCAUUUGAUUGCUUUCUGGUGGUUGGGAUAUAGAAGCCAAGAUAUAUUCUUUCAGAGAUUUACAGCGUGCUGAACUGAUCUGGUACUCAUGAUACCAUGAGGGCCAAUGCUUCCACUAGGAUUUUGAACCAUGAUUCAAUUUGCAGUGCCAAUAGGUUCACCUUACUGGUUCAAAAUGUCAAAAUUCACUGGCAAAAAGUCAAGUUUGGUUGACGUCAUUGUAUUGUAUUAUAAUGUUUGAGUGACCAUGUUUGUAGGGUAAGCAAGAAUUUUAACUGGGUAAAACUGGUACUGGGUAGAAUAGAUCUUGCACAGGAAAUCAUUUUCAUUUGAUAUUGAUGUGGGGUAGAGGAGGGAUUCACCCCUCUUAAAUGUUCAAUUGAACACAGUAUGCAUGUGUCAGUUUUGUGUGUGCCUUCAUCUUCAGAGAGAUGGUUGUGACAGUUCCCUUUGUAAGCAGGUAAGCAGCAGUGGUUACUGAUUCUUUAGACUUUAGAGCUUGCUUUCCCUAUAAUCUCUAAGCAAACAAGCAACCGUCUUUCUGCUGAUGAUCAUAUUUGCUAUGCUCCAUGUGGCAAGAGAGUGAGUCUGAAAGAAGGAGAUACAGCCACAAGGCUCUUACUUAGGUGCCUGUUCUUUGCUUCUAUUAUCAUGACAACUUCCUUCUUGAAGCUCUGGCCUUGGUCCUGAGAGCAACCACAGAUAGUUGGCAUUUUGAUCCUUCUGGGUCUUGGGAGAAAUGGAUGGAUAAGAAAUGUACAGCUCCGUCCUAAGUAUUUUUACUCAGAAGUAUGUCACUCAGAGUUCAAUGGGAUUUACUCUCAAAGUAAUAGUGCAUAGAAUUGCAGCUUAAUAUACUUGAUUCUCUUGGGAAAGCUCCUUUUCAAUGCAAUGGCACAGGUCAUAGUCUUGAAUUCCCAGUACGAAAAGAGUAUUACAAUUGAUUAAUGAUUUUGGUCGGGUGGCUGGAUUUAAAUUAAAUAAACAGAAAACUAAGGUUUUGGGGAAAAAUUUGACUGAUACAGAGUCAGAACGGUUUCAGAAUGAGACGGAACUCAAUGUGGUUAAAAAAGUAAAAUACCUAGGGGUAAACAUAACAGCAAAAAUCUAAGUCUAUUUAAGGACAAUUAUGAAAAAUGCUGGACAGAAAUUAAAAGAGACUUAGAUAGUUGGUCAAAAUUGAAACUUUCUUUGUUAGGCCGAAUUGCUGCUAUUAAGAUGAAUGUAUUGCCAAGGAUGUUGUUUUUAUUUCAGACACUUCAGGUUUUGGACAAAUGGAGUGCUUUCAGAAGUGGCAGAGAGACAUUUCUAAGUUUGUCUGGCAGGGCAAAAAGCCCAGAAUUAAGUUUAAGAUAUUAACUGAUGCAAAACAAAGAGGGGGCUUGCCCUGCCAGACUUAAAGUUGUAUUAUGAAGCCGCAGCGUUUUGCUGGCUAAAAGACUGGCUACUUCUUGAAGACACUGAUGUGUUAGAUCUGGAAGGGUUUAACAAUGUUUUUGGAUGGCAUGCAUAUUUAUGGUAUGACAAAGUUAAAGCAAAUAAGGCCUUCAAGAACCAUAUUGUCAGAAAAUCACUGUUUAAUGUCUGGACAAAAUAUAAAGACUUGCUGGAAAAUAAAACACCAAGGUGGCUUUCACCUUUGGAAGCUAAGGCCCGAAAAAGACCCAAUAUGGAGGCUAAAUGGCCAAAAUAUUGGGAAAUAUUAGAAAAGGAUGGAGACAAUUGGAAAUUGCAGAGUUUGGAGAAAAUGAAAGAUAAAGUGCGAGAUUGGUUACAUUACGCUCAGAUUAAAGAAGUUUUUAAAAAUGAUAAGAAAUUAGGGUUCCAGGUGGAGAAAUCGAAACUAGAAACAGAAUUGUUAGAACCAAAGAUUAAGGUACUUUCAAGGAUGUAUAACUUGCUGCUGGAAUGGAAUACACAAGAUGAAACGGUUAAAUCGGCUAUGAUAAGGUGGGCACAGGAUAUUGGGUAUAAUAUUAUGUUUGAGGACUGGGAAAGGUUGUGGAGUAAUGGAUUGAAGUUUACUGCAUGUAACGCUCUGAAAGAAAAUGUAAUGAAAAUGAUUUAUAGAUGGUAUAUGACCCCAGUCAAACUUGCAAAAAUUUACCACCUGUCUGAUAAUAAGUGUUGGAAAUGUAAAGAGUCUGAGGGAACGUUCUUCCACCUCUGGUGGACUUGCCCUAAAGUGAAGGCGUUCUGGGAGAUGAUUUAUAACGAAUUGAAAAAGGUAUUUAAAUAUACCUUCACUAAGAAACCAGAGGCUUUCCUUUUGGGUAUUGUCGGCCAAGGGGUGGCACGGAAGGAUCAGACAUUUUUUAUGUAUGCAACAACAGCAGCAAGGAUACUUCUUGCAAAACAUUGGAAAACUCAAGAUCUACCCACACUGGAAGAAUGGCAGAUGCAACUGAUAGACUACAUGGAACUGGCUGAAAUGACUGGCAGAAUCCGUGACCUGGGAGAAGAAAGGAUUGAGGAGGAUUGGAAGAAAUUUAAGAACUAUUUACAAAAAUAUUGCAAUUUGAGUGAAUGCUAAAUAAGAUGCUAGACCAAAACAACUGAGCACCACUAAAUUUAGAAGUUUUCUAUGAAAAUAAGUAAGACUGUGAAAAUUUAAUUCCCUUUGAAAAUUAUAAGGUUAUGAAAUAUAGAAGCGAUAUAAGAAUUUAAAUAAGAUGAUAAAUUGCUGACAAAAUGUUAUAACGAUGAAAGUGGGAGCGGGAGAUGUGAGGAAGUCCAAAGAAAAUGUGAAAUUAUGUCAAGACAAAGGUUAUAUUGUUUAAUAUGUUAUUUUUAUUGUAAAACCCAAUAAAUUGCUUUUAAAAAAAAAAGAAUUCCCAUAAAUAGUCUGAGAUACCUACAUAUAUUGUUACAGAUCUGGAGUAACAGAGUGCGGGGGUGCAAGGGCACCCAUAAUUGCUAGAGUCAGUGAACGUUAGAAGUUAAUAAAGGGGUAGAAUUUAGUGGGUUUUUGUAGGAUGAAGGGAAUAUGCCAGAUGCUAGCUUUAAAAUACAGGCCGAAACAGUUCUCCUGUUCAGGAGAUCACUGAUAGCGAUGCCAUUAAGAACACAAGGAGAAUUAAGUGCUGGUCCAUUAAAGAGCAAUUGACCAGGCAGAUGCUGUCCUUCCGCCCUAGCUGUGUGUUAGUUAGCAGAAGAAAUAGCACAGUUUGGAGAGGGAGGUUACAGGAGGCAUGAUGUCACACAGGAAAAUUGUUUCCUUUUAAAAAACAGGUCUGAAGAAGGGGGGCAAGCAGGCAGAAGGUGAGGAGGUUUUUUGGCAAGGUGUUCUGGGAACAAAAAGGAGGCAGUGGGGGAGAGCACCAUUCAAUGCUGGCUAGAGGAGGCUGCACUGAGAAACCAGAGGCCAUGACUGGCUGCUGAUUUGGACCCAAGCUUACUGAAGCUAUAGGAGGAGCCAUGAGGGACACUCUUGCAACAUAAUGUUCUGUGUCCCCUCCAUUGAAGGCUUUAGGUAUAAAUUUGUGUAAAAUAAAUCAUAUUUCUCAAAGUCACCAGUCUCCACUGUGCCUCAACUUCCCAAUGGAAACACGACCCUGAGUGUGUGCCUGGAACCCCCCAGAAUCUUGCUACCGCUUGGCAAGAAGGAGAAACACACACAGUGGAAAUGGUAUUAACUAUGGACUAAGGCAGAGGUUUUUAAACUGUGGCCGCCAGCCUAGCACCCAUAAAUCUUCAUGUAGUCGCAGUUGGACCCAAGGCAGUAGGAGCAAAACGUGCCUGGUGCCUGGCUCAUUUCUAACACUGCACAGAGUAUAUAUAUAUAUAUAUAUAUAUAUAUAUAUAUAUCAGUAACUUCACUGAACCACAACUGAGAGAACCAAGUUGUUUUUUGGAAUGUCCUUUCAGUGCUGUUGCUAGAACUUGGGAUGUGUUGAGUCUAGCAGCAGGAAUCAAAUCUAGAACAUAAACUUUGUGUCACAAAGCAUGAUAAGCAGAGCUACAAGGGGGGGGUUUUGUACCCAGGGCAAACCCCUGGAUUUCUAGUUUGCUGGUGGUGCUAUUGUGGCAAGACAUCAGUUCCAUGUCACACGUUCCCUCUAUGUGGCUGUGCUAUAUUUUAGUUAAGGGAGCUGUAUUUUAGUUAAGAAAAGAGAAUGGUGAUUCUAUCAGGGAGCUGCCCCAUCAAGAAAUAGUACCAAAAGCCUCUGCUUUAAGUAGGUUCUAGGUGGCUCCAGUGAAGCCUGCCUUUCAUAGAAUGGAACAUGUUAUGUAUUCAGUGGUCUGUGUUUGCCUGAGCUGGAGUCUGGACUAAGGAUUCUGAGCCCCAGUGUUUUUAUUCGAUACAUGAUAUCCAAUCACAGAACAUUUCAGAAUUUGGGCCUCUGCCAUUGGCCCUUAAACUCUGAGUCAUGAUUCGCAGCUUGGAAGUUUAGACAGCCACUCACGUUGGGAGUGGGAGUGGCCCAGGCCUUCAGAAAUGUAUAUAAGCAGUUGCUUUGCCCCUGUUGUCCAGUUCUGUUAGUUCAAUAAAGGUUCUUGCUGUUAUCACUGUGUCUUGCCUUGUGGGUACCCACCUAUACCUCAGAACACAAAUUCCUUUUGACUUCAGCGGGCUCAGAUAUGGCAAAUGAGGAAUUGUCCUCGCUGUGGUCAUUGCCUGAGGACACAGGCCUUGCAGGUCCCAGACCAGUGUUCACUCACACAGACACCUCAGUGACUUGAUCCACUCCACUCCAUGUGUUUCUGAGGGAAGGGUAAGCAAGAAAAGAAAGGGACUAGUUCAAAAAGAGAGCGACUAGGGAAGAAAGAGAGAACAGAGCUGGAGAUGCAUGCCGCACACUUCUGAGUCAUCUGGACCUCCUGGCACAGCCUCAGCUGGACAAGCUUAUGGGUUGAUCCAUGGCAUGAUGUAAUCCCCCCAGUCCAGCUCUGAUUUUCCCUCUACCCCUCCUCUUGCCUUGGGAUGGCCCUGCAUCUGGUGCAUGUUGGGGGAGCGGGUGUUUUGAUUUCCUGCUGAGAUAUGUGGAGAUUUGCUGGCUCUUCCUUAGUAGCUGCUUAUGUUUUGUAUCACUUCAGUGAAAGGAUGCUCUCCAGCCAGGAUGCAGAACAGCUGGACAUGGCUUGGUCAGGCUUCAAGCCAGCUGCUUGUACAGUGUGCAAACUGUGGUUUCUCCUCUAAAGUACAGAUACACAGAUAGUCUGUUUCCGUCUAAUUCCUGCUGGAAGAGGUGUGCGACCUUUUCUUAUCUGCCAGUAAGAUGGCAAUAUUCUCCCACAUGCACACACAUAUUGAGAAUGAUCCCUGUCCUUGCAUCGCCUGGUAAAUCUGCCCCUUGUGCAUGCUUGUGUAGCUCACAUCUUCAUCUGGACUAGGAGUAAAGGACUGUCAACCUGGAACAGGAGGAGAAACUUUUCUAUUGGCAGAGUUGGGGGUGAAUAAUAAUAAUAAUAAUAAUAAUAAUAAUACCACCCCACCCAUCUGCCUGGGUUUCCCCAGCCACUCUGGGUGGCUUACAGCCUAUAUAAAACAUCAAACAUUAAAAACUUCCUGUUAUAGCGCUGCCUUCAGACGUCUUCUAAACAUUAUGUAGUUCUUUAUCUCCUUGACAUCUGAAGGGAGGGCGUUCCACAGGGAGGGUGCCACUACCAAGAAGGCCUUCUCUGUAGAGAAUACCAAGAAGGUAUUCUCUGAGAGAAUAACCAGAGUUUGCACAGAAUGACCCUUUUCUUUGGCUUUCCCUGGUACAGUGGUGCCCCGCAAGACGAAUGCCUCGCAAGACGGAAAACCCGCUAGACGAAAGGGUUUUCCGUUUUUCAAUGCGCUUCACAGGACGAAUUUCCCUAUGGGCUUGCUUCGCAAGACGAAAAUGUCUUGCGAGUCUUGAGAUUUUUUCCCCGCUCCCCCCCCUUUUUCGAAGCCGCUAAACCGCUAAUAGCGCUAAUCCGCUAAGCCGCUAAUAGGGUUGCUUCGCAAGACGAAAAAACCGCUAGACGAAGAGACUCGCGGAACGGAUUAAUUUCGUCUUGCGAGGCACCACUGUAUUCUAUAAAUCAGCAGAGGAAUGGUGAGCCUCUUGCCCCACCAGCCAAUAAUGAGGGACGGGGUGAUAGUCCCAGAAUAUACAGUCAGAUACAAGCCAACAAGCCCUUAGAAAGGCCUCUUUAAGAAUCCUUCUGGCUAAAACAUGUUUCUGCUGAACAUGAGCCAGAUCCUUUGAGUCAUUGCUUUGGUUACACAGCCUGGUCCUUCCAUAGCUAGGCCAGAGAGAGUGGGGAGAACCACACCUGUAAGUAAAAGAGCCAGGAAUAGUAACGAUAAUAAUAGCAAGUCUGAAACUCCAAAAUGUAAUCUCAGGAAAAUUCAGAAGCAAGUUAGAAUAGAUGGGGAGGACAUUCUAAUGCAGAUCCUCCAAGUGUCCACAUUUUUCAGGGGCAGUCCUAGAUUCACAGAAGCCACCCCAGUUUCUGAUUUGAUCCUGGAAUGUCCCACUUUUCCUUAGGACGUCCCUAUUUUCAUUGGAGAAAUGUUGGUGUGUAUGGAGUUAUGUGAUGUCCCAAGCCAAGGAGAUAAGUAGCUAUACAACUUUUAGAAGACAUAUGAAGGCAGCCCUGUAUAGGGAAGGUUUUUAAAAAAUUUUAAUGUUUUAUUAUGUUGGAAACCGCCCAGAGUGCCUGCGGCAACCCAGUUGAAAGGAUGGGGCAUUAGUAGUAGUGGUAGUAGUAGUAGUAGUAAUAAUAGAAUAGGAUGUCCCUAUUUUCACCGGAGAAAUGCUGGAGGGUAUGCGAAUGAGACCAAGAGUCAAACCUCACAAAAUUGGUGUGUCAACUACUCCUUGGAGAUAACUUUCCAUCUAGGUCUUGAUCAAAGCAAUAGCUCCUAUUGUCUAAGUCAGACCAUUUCCAAAACUCCAUUCAAACCCUGCAGAGAACAACCCCAAGAUAAGCAGUCAAUUGAAAGGACGCGGGUGGCGCUGUGGUUUAAACCACUGAGCCUCUUGGGCUUGCUGAUCAGAAGGUCAGUGAUUUGAAUCCCCGCAAUGGGGUGAGCUCCCGUUGCUCUGUCCCAGCUCCUGCCAACCUAGCAGUUCGAAAGCACACCAGUGCAAGUAGAUAAAUAGAUACUGCUGCGACGGGAAGGUAAAUGGUGUUUCUGUGCACUCUGGUUUCCGUCACGGUGUUCCGUUGCGCCAGAAGCAGUUUAGUCAUGCUGGCCACAUGACCGGGAAACCUGUCUGUGGACAAACGCCGGCUCCCUCGGCCUGAAAGCGAGAUGAACGCUGCAACCCCAUAGUCACCUUUGACUGGACUUAACCAUCCAGGGGUCCUUUACCUUUACCUUUACCUUUACCUGAAGCAAAACAUCAGAAGAAUGCAGACAUAUUUUGGAGCAUCAGAGAGAAGGAAAGAUGCAGGAGCAUUGAUUGGAUGUGGGGCAAAACAGAAGAGCAUUGAGGUGAUCCUGUGCAUGCUUACUUGGGAGGGUAAGCCCCAUUAAACACAGUGGCACUUACUUAGCAGUAGACACAGAUGGAGCUAGGCCCAGAAGGAAACAACAAAACUGUUGAUAGGCCUGGGAUGACCAGUAGCAGGCUUGAGGGAGAGAAGCCAAGACUUACGUGUAAAGGAGGUGGGUGAGGAAAUGACUUGACCAGACUCAAGUUCUGGCUAUGGGUUGUGGAAGGUCAGCACUGUGGACCCAUAGAACUUGGUCCAACUUCUGUUUAUGUUGUAUAAGCACUGUAUAACAGGGGGACAAAAUGGCUUGAAUAUUCAUAUAGGUGUGCAGACUAGAAUAUUGUUGCAUGCAGACAGUUAACAUUUUUCCAGGGACACAAAUGGAUCUUUGGCUUCAUUUCAGAGGUUGUAUGCUUCGUGUGUGUGAGAGAGAGAGCGCGUGCGCGCGCGAGUUUCUACUUAUUGCUGGGAGAUUAAAGAAAAUAUGUUCAAGUAGCUUUGAAACAGCUGUCAGAGCCUACUCAAGCAUAUAGUUUUGAUAUGGUGCAGUCCUCUGAUUGGAUUAAACCAUUACAGAAUGCUUGUUUGGAAGUAUCCCUAUGUCAAUAUGUUCCUGCAUAGGGCAGCUUUUACAUCAGGAGCGAGGAACCUGUGACCCGGAAGAUGUUGAAUUCCAACUCCUGUUAACCAAAGUUAGCAUGGCCAAUGAUCAGGGAUUAUGUGAGCUGUUGCUGAACAACAACUAGAGAGCCUUAAGUUCUCUAGUCUCAUUUUACAUGUUAGGAAGAAGGCUGAGGGGUUUUUUCCCCUGGCUUGUAGGCUAUUGAUUUGGAAAGAUCCUAACUUGGUAGUCCUUUCAAAGAAGCCAUUCCUAAUAUGCAUCCUGAGAUGCCACCAUCCUGUGAAAGGACUGUACCAUUUCAGGGACAAUCCAUUUGACAGUCAGUCUGCUAUAUGGUCCCAUACAAAAGGUUGCUACAAACUUUUGGUACCUUUAUGGACAGUGACAAAGUCCAUUACCCCCACCUCGGGAACCCUCUUGAUGAAUUUGGCAGUGAUAUCUUGAGAGGCAGCCAAACCUAUGCCCCAAAAUGGGUGCAAUCACACCCAAGUCAUGUUUUGUUUCCCAUCAGCACCAUUGUUCCUUCAAGAGCCCACCCCCAAUAAGCCAUCGCCAGGCUGGUCUCAUUAGGAGAUGAACUGGUGUUAUUCCUAGCCCUUGGUAAAUUCAGGAAUUUACAAGUUUGUUCAGAUUCUAACCCUUUACUGACUCUAGCGGUUUGGCUGGACUUGCUCCUCCCCCGACCUAUAACAAUACUUUUUUUCUAAAAAGAAAGAAAAAGCCCUUGCAUUUUCUUCUUUUUUCUUCUCUGCUUGGUCACAUGGGUCAGCACACUCAAUCAGUGGCCACAGAGUGAAUGGCAUUAGCAGUGGCUACACAUGGAUAUCAAUGAAUGUGAAUAUUUUUUGCUCUGCCAAAAAUAGGUGAGUAGGUUGGGCUCAGCUCUGCUAAAAGGUACUUGGCUUUGUCUGGAAAAUACGCAGCAGAUAGUAAUAAUAAUAAUAAUAAUAAUAAUAAUAAUAAUAAUAAUUUAUUUAUACCCCACCCAUCUGGAUGGGUUUCUCCAGCCACUCUGGGUGGCUUCCAACAAAAUAUUAAAAUGCAAUAGUCUAUUAAACAUUAAAAGCUUCCCUAAACAGGGCUGCCUUCCAAUGAUUAAAGUGGGGGCAGAUUUAUAUAGGGAACUGAAACAUUUGCUAAGGCCAGUGAACUCAAAAUUGAACAAAUUAUCAUCAAUGGACAUUGUGAAAGGUUGAUUUCAGUGUGGCAUGAAGGAUAUUUGCUGCAGUGUUGACAAUACAUGCUGUUGAUUUCUUACUUUGCCGGUGACUGCAUCUCCUUUUUAGCAAAUUUAAAUUAACCAAGGACUAUUUGAUUUCAAGCUGUUGUGUUUGUGACAGUUUUCUGACAAUUUAUAAUGAAAUUGGUUUGUUUUGAAAAGAAAAAAAGUCAAGAAAGUGUUUCUGCAGUUCUCAUUGAAUGAUGCUAUAAGAGUAGUAAAAAAACACACAAAAACAUAUACCUGUUGAUAUAUGUGCUUUUUUCUGUCAAGAGUGGCCUGGUGGAACUACUAUUUACACUUGAUCGUGUUGAGAAAUAUUGAAACAGAAAUAGGUGGCUUGUAAAAGUAACACCCCCAGCUGAUUAUAGGGGAUUCUGAUCUGAAUUCUUUUCUUGUUGAAUUUGUUGACAGUAACAGAGCUGGCCAAUAAAGCGAGAUGAGCGCCGCAACCCCAGAGUCAGUCAUGACUGGACCUAAUGGUCAGGGGUCCCUUUACCUUUACCUUUAACAGAGCUGGCUUCAAUAGCUUCCCACCCCAUCCCUCUACUGACUGCAGGUUUUCAAAAUAUUUUUCCUGCUGAGCUUCAUUUUGGUUGAGCCCUGCCAGUGGGCUGAACCCACACUCAACAGCAGACCUGCCUGCAGGCUUCAAAUCUUCUUUGGCGCAAAGAAGAACCUUCACUUUCCCUGGUUUCUUCACUUCUUAUUGUUCAACUUGAAUGUGACGGCAAAAAAUGUCAUUUUUAAAGCUAAGAGUUGAACGUUAAUCACCUCUCUGAUUGCAGGGCACAGCUUUCCAUUGGUUACUGGCAUCAGGUCAGAAUUCUACAUUCUGAGCGAAAGCGCUUGGAAAACACCCGUGAUGCCUGAAGGCAUAGAGGUACACCUUCUGCCAACAAGCUCCCAGAGAGCUCCUUGCCUGCCAUGGUGCCUAGACAUAUCACAUCACUGAAACCAUGAGCAGUCUAGCAGCUGGUGAGAUCCUGCCCAGUCUGCUAAUUACAUCACCAUCCUGCUGAAAGCAACUCUUUUGUAGUCUUGAAGAUUUUUCCAGCUUGGCUUUAAGAUGAUUUAGAUGAAAAGGGAUUUUGCAUCUGGGUUGAUCGUAUAUAGUAGGUCUUCCUUAUCUUGGGACAUUUUGAGAAAUCAGCACUAUCCCUUUCUUUAUAAAAGAAAGGUUGCCAUCAGUUGUGUCACCUGAUCGACUGCAAUCUUGUUUUGUUUUCCACAAGUGUGAUCUUCGGGGCCCCAGCGCCUACACAGUGUGGGGAAUUGUUCUUGGCUUUGUCUUCAGGUUAUUGAAGAAUCCCACAGAAGAUCACUCAGUAUUCUUUCUUAUGGAUUUAGUAUUGGGGAUCAGUAAGGAAGAAGCCAUUUUGGAUCAUUUUGACUGGGUGUAAGAACAUCCUAAGAGGAUGGAAAUCAGAAUGAAAGCUCACAUGGAGUGGCCUCAGAAUUAACAGAAAGCUCAGUGCGAUAAAAGAGUAAGGGUAGAACCUCUGAUGCUGGAAGAGAAAUUUUGGCAAACUGUACAAAAGGGGGCCCUAGCAUUCUUUAUCAACAUAGGAUUCAGCUGGUGGUAAAUGAGCAAAUAAUUAUCGUAGUCUGCAAAAAAUAGAGCACCAUUUUGGGUGGAAGUUGAAGCCACUGAAGACAAAUUGAGCCACAGUUCUAAUGUUAGUGAGGUGAUACAACCUGGGUUGGAGCCUAUGCUGCUGGCAGUGGUGGUUUAAAUUUAGAGCAAUAGGACUUGGCUCCAAAAUGAUGUGAUGUUUGGCAGGUUUUAGAAGGAAAAAGAAGAGACCAAAAACAGAUUUCGAGCCAUUCCAAGAGAGUUCCAUGCCAACUCAGGGGAGUUACCCCCAAGAGCUACUGCCCAGAAGAAAUUAGCAUGAGCACACAGUGUUGUGGAAUUUGUAUACAUAAGUGGCUUCAUGUGUGAGAAUCUUAAGCUGUACAUGUAUGAUUCCAGCACAGGCACUUCAAAAUCCAAAGGGCCAAAUUACAAGGCCAAAGACAGGCCAGUGGUUGGGCUCCGGAGCAGGCAGGUGGUUCUGGAAGAGGCAGACAAAUUUCUAGGUGAGGUUAAGGCAAGUCAGUUUAGCAACUUCUCUUAAUGGUAAGCUUAUCAGUCUGAGUUCUUAGGAUUCUAUAUGGAAGGUCAGGUGAGUCCUGAUUGGCUUGUCAGAUCAGCUGAUUGGCUUCCUGUUGAUUGGACUUAAUGACCCCUUUGAUGUAUUAAACAACACUGCCUCAGAAUCGUUUUGGAAUAUUUUAUGCAUCCACUGCUAACAUGUCCUUUUAUAUCAAUGGAUAGCGUGCUGUAUGCAUUAACAACAUGUUCCACCGGGUUAUAUGCCUACUUACUUUUUCUUUUAAUACUAAGCAUUCCAAUUCCACAGCCUUGCCUUGGAAUUUUGGAAUUAGCAUAAAGAUUGGCUUGGCUUCUGGAAUUAGUACAGGAAUUCUUAUAGUAAGGCACUGGGAUGUGUGUCGCAAUCUCGGGCCUCCCCUGCGGCAGCCAAUCUCCAUAACUUUACUGAUUCUGCUAGCAUUCAGAACUUUGCACACCCCUCAUAGAAGGGUCCCCAAAUUACAAAUUGUAAUUUGUUGAGCACUCUGAACAAAUUACAAUUCUCAGGAUUCUUUGGGGGAGACCACAUCUGUUAAAGUGCUUUAAAUGGGUGGUGUAUACAUAACCCAGGAAUAAGCCCAGGGCAGGUGUAGGGAACCUCUGGCCCUCCAGAUGAGCUGAACUACAACUCCCAUCAUCCUUGGCCAUUGGCCAUGCUUACUGGAUUUUAUGGGAAUGGUAGUUCAGCAGCAUCUGGAAGGCUAAUACUUCCCCACCUCUAAACUAGAGUUAAGGACCAACGUGAGUACUAACUCUUCCACAGAAUUAUUGUGAACAGGAAUACUAAGCUCCAAAAGAAAUCUUAAUGGUGGGGGCAUACUGUUGCUCCCCUCCCAACCGUGAUGAUGAUAUUGAAAAAGAAAUUGGGAAAAUAGCCAAAGGAGAAGCAUUGACUGAUAACAAUUAGUCGUAGAGCCAACUAGAGGGGAAAUGGUCCUUUGAUUAUUUUAUUUAUUAUUAAAUUAUUAAACUAAAUUUAGACUGCUCCCCUAAUCCCACUUACCUGGGAAUAAGCCCCAUUGAAUGCAAUUGGACUUCUGAGAAGACAUGGUUAGGAUCGCAUCAAUCUUGAGUGGCCUCCAGGUGUGAUAUGGUGGGAAACCUCUUGGGUAUUUAGUAUAUAUGGAAGUGGAAAAUUGUUCAAAAAGUCCAAAAGAAUCACAUUUAAUUUCAACAGAGGAAAUUUAUAAAAUAAAAUAAAAUAAUGAGCAGGUCUUUUUAAAGGAAUGUAAAAGCGGGGGACAGGGAGCAGGGUCUAGUCUCUUCAGGAAGCUUGGAUGCUAUUGAAAACAACUAUAAUAGAAACUGAGGGAAAAUAAAUACCACCGACUAGGAAAGGUACAGAGAAACCCAAGAGGAUGUCUUCAUGGUUAACAGGCAAAGUUGAGCUGUUAAAAGCACAAAAUAUUUCUUUUAAAAGCUGAAGUCUUGCCCGUGUGAAGCAAAUAAAAAAGAAGCAUCUACUCUGGCAAAAACAAAUGUAAGUUGAGAAUAAGGUAAAAAGAACUUGAGGGGCAGAUUGUAACAACUUUAACACAAACACUAAAAAUUUAUUUUAAUAUAUCAGAAGCAGGAAAAUUGCCAGGGAGGACAAAGCAAUGAAAGAAUCCUCCUGGGAGGGGAGAGACAGUAGAAAAGUAACAACUUCUUCUUCUUCUUCUUCUUCUUCUUCUUCUUCUUUUGCAUGUGUUUUUGCUUCAGAAGGUAUUGGACUGAUACUCACCACCUAAAUCAGAUUUUUCUCAGAGAAGACAAAGUCCUCUCUCAAACAGAGCUAAAGGGGAAGAAAUAUUUCCAGGCCUAAUUACCAAAUUUUAUAAAGUCGCUGGGUAGAAUUCAACAUUGUGGUAAUACGAUCGUUCUAUCAAUGCAAGGAUUUCUGCUUGCCAAAUGGAACAAUCUCCUGUCACCACCCCCUGCAUGCUGUGCUCCCGACCCUCCAGCGCAAAUUUAGGGAAGGUGUCUGCAUACCCCCCAAGUGUCCCGAUUUUCCAAGGACAAUCCUAGAAUUACAAAAGCCAUCCCAGCUUCUGAUUCAAUCUCAGAAUGUCCCCAUUUCCCCUAGCAGUGCUGCCACCACCAAGCUUGGGAAGGAAGAUGAGCUGGUGCUUGUUCCAAGUGAGUUCUCCAGAACUCUCCAUCAGGCAAGAUGGUACACAAAAGAAGGAAAACAAACAAAAUGGUGAACCAAAAAGUAGAAAAAUUGAGCUGAAUAUUGUAGCCAUGAGGUCUGACUUAAAAUUGUGUCUAAGGUCCUGUGCACAUUUGAGCAUUAUUUAGCUGUUAAUUCAUAAUUUCCCCCAUUCAAGUAAGACUAGAGGAGUCCAUACCUACACACCUUUGAAUGUGUAUGUGAAGAACAAUUUCCCCAUUCAUACCAGUAGAUGUUCCCUUUUGUGUUUGCACCUUUCUAAUCUAUUGAUUCUUUUAUGAUUAAGUACUGAUAGGCAAUGUGUGCAGUUAGCUUUGUGUGUACCUUGUUUUCUUUUAAAAAAAAACUCCUUAUGGAGGAAGUGCAUAAAAGCAUACAGUCAGGCAAUUUGCUAGUGCUGUUUUCUGGUUUUGUGAAAACCUGAAAUCUCAAGAGAAAAGAGAAGAACACCUUUGUUCAGGAGUGUGCUGGAAAUAGUUGCAAACCCUGCCAGAAAAGAAAUCAAAGCAUUGAGGAAAUAGUGGGCAUGGAGAGGGGAAUAGCAGAAAGUAAUGACUGAUUGAUUCACCCAUCCCAAAACACCUCCCAAAAAAUAGUCUGCAACCCUGAGUGAAGUGGUCUAGAACCCGAUUUACCCCAAUUUAUUGAAUUAUCCCAAAUUUGUGGGAGGAAAUAAUUGAGAUUGGUGUUGUUUGAAGGUCAUGUUAUUUCAUGUGGACAAUGCAAAUUAAAUGAGACCUCAAACAACUGCAAACACAAAUUAAACUUUCUGGGUGGACAAGCCCUAAAUCAGAGAUUAAAGGUGAAAUCCCUCCCAGUGAAGUCCCAGGUGCUGAGAUGUCAGGUUAUAUACUUGGGAUUCUGGGAUGGAAAGGGAAAGAUGGCUGUUGCCCACAUUUCUUUGCGAAAACAAAGCCUGUAUCUGUUCCACACCGUAUAAGAAACCAUAGGUUCCUGGGCUGCCAGGGAGCAGGAGUAAAUAGAAAUGUGGCAGGCUUUAAUUUUAGCAAAGCCAGGGGUUAAUUUUGGAAGAUACACUGGGUAAAAAAAAAAAGUCAGUUAAACCCAAAUACAGCAGUAUUACCCAAUGGUUGUAAUCCUCAGUCCUGCCAAGCUGUUUUCUUUGUAUAAUUUGAGAGUGUCAACAAAUGCACAGAUAGGAGUGCUUUGGUAAUAUAGGUUUGAGCUGAAGACUCCUGAGCAAACAUAGCUGCUAAACAGCAGGAAGCAGAGUACAAAUAAACUGACAGUUCUCACAAUGGGGAGGUGUAGGCAGCUGGGCCCACCAAGUGUCUGUACUAGGCCAGUGAUAUAUUUAAAAUAUCCAUAAACCAGAUCUAUGGUGAGCAGGGAGAAAAAUCUAGUUUGUGGAGGGUUACAAAUAAUUCAGCAUGGUUGGUUGAACACCCAAGCAAACUGUCAAGAGCUUUCAAAAGACUUCUCCAAAUCUGAAUGGGCAAGAGGGCAAGUGAUACAUUUUGAGAGACAAACCUCCCCUCCUGAGCUGAACAUAUAUGUUGAUAGGAUGUGAACUCACUGUGACUAUCCAGGAAAGAGAUAUUGUGACCAGGGGGGAUAGUGCAACGAGAACAUAAAUCAAAUGUGCAGCAGCUGUGAAAAUGGCAUUAUAUUUAAUGUUAGGGAUGAUUAAGAAAGGCAGGUCUUCUACUACCGAGCUAAAGCCCUUCACCUAUCCAGCUGGUCUGUAUUUGAAUCAAGACAUUGGACUAAAUGAAUCUUUUGUGGACUCCUGCUCAAACCAAACUACAAGGAUUAGAUGUAGUUUAGCCCCUUGGAAUACUGAUAUAGACAACUAUAGAUAAUUAAUGAUGCAACCCUAUACCAAUCUACCAGGGCUAAGUGCCUCUGAACAUGUAUAGAAUGGUGCUCUGUGUUCUUGUGGUAGUUACCAGAUUUUUUUCCAAUGAAUCCGGGGACACUUUUUAACUUCAAUGGAUUUUGUAUGGGGACUGAUUUGUAAAUCCGGGGAUUGUCCCCGGGAAACGGGGACGUCUGGUAACCUUAUUAUGGUAUCAGAAAUGCCAUGAUGAAUUAGAUCCCGUUUUCAAUCAUUCUCAAGUCAGUCUUUCUUCUAAUGCCUGCCAACUGGUACUGUGAAAUGGGAGGGGGUUGCUUAACCUUCAGCAACAGAAAAUAAUGAAAUACAUUUUGUACAGAUGUUCUGUUAUUUGUGUAUAUCAAGUUUUGUGGCUCAUUCUGAAUUAUUGGCCAUAGAUACUUGUGGCAAGCCAUGUGCACAGACAUUCACUGCCAUUUAAAAAACAAAAACAAAACUUAAAUCUGUGGUUUUAUAAUAAGGAAAAUGCUGUUACAUUCCUCUAGUUAUUCACUUGUGGUCCAAAUUGAAAACAAUUCUUGGAACUGAUCGCAAACCUUGGGCACAAUGCCAGCAAAGGAGCUUUUUUUUCUCCAAUAGUAUUUGGUAUCAGUUUCCCAGCCUGUCCCCUCCCCCUACUAGAACUUGUUCAAGUCUGCAGAUAGAUAUUUUAACCUCCUAGCCACCCAAAGUGGUUGCAGAAAUGGUGCUACCUAUCAAGGUGAGCAUUGCUAUCAUAAGUAACUAUCUGUCUCAAUAUGUACCUAUCUGCAUAUUUAAGAUAUUCAGUGGAAGGUCUCCUGUAGUUGCCCCCACCAUCUGAGGGGAGGCUGGUGGUUACAAGAGAGAGGCCCUUCUUCUACAUCUAUGCAUACAAAUCAGGAUUGGGGAACCUGUGGCCCUCCAGAUGUUGUUGGACUUCAGUUCCCAUCAACAUUGGCCAUUGGUCAUCCUGGCUGGGGCAGAUGGAAGAUGGAAUCAAAUGAUAUAUGGAGAGCCACAGUGUCCCCAUCCCUGAUUUAUAUGUAGAAAUGUAGAAUUAGACAUAAUUAAUUUACUUGGAACUACAUCUCACCAUAGUGGGGAAGACAGUGACCAGAUGAGCUGUCUUCUCACUCCGUCAGAUGCCACCUUCAGUUUCUCUGUUCCCCUUCUUAUGGGUCUUUAUGUUUAAAUGGGAUGUCAAUUCUAUUUGCGCAAUUAAUGUCACUUCUUAUUUGGCCCCACUGGCUUGCAGUGCAACACUCACCCCCUCGCAAAUUCAAAUGUCCCAGACAAUGAACCCUGAAGUCCUUCCGAGUAUUCUGCAUUCUGUGCUUCAGACUUUGAAAAGUUCAUCCUCAGCAGAGCCUGACUAUUCUUUGAAGUUUGGCCUCCUUCCAUAUAAUCUCUUCCUAGCUAUAAAAGUACUUCCAAUGUUUGGAAGCCUGUCCAAAGGCCAGUUGCAGUUAGAGAAACAUGCAGAGCAAGACAGAUUACAAGGCUGUGGUAGAAUUAAGUCCUGCCAGGGCUAUACUAGCAGGUAUGGUUUCUAUACCUGUAUGAAGACGUGAAUUCCCAUUGAGGGAAAUGAGUGCUAAGAUCUGGAGGGAAGCAAAGCAAACAACAACAAAAACCCAUCCACACAUAAAGGUUAAAAAAAGUUAUUGGGGUCUUUCAGCAUUCCUUCCCCAUGAAUGAUAGGGAUUAAAAUGUUGUGCUUCUUUUUCAUGACUUGGUUAUUCUGGCCACAACCUUUUGAUGUGGUUUAUGUUGUGUGUCUGUGUGAUCUUGACAUCAUUAUGAAUCCUGUCAGUUUCUUUUUCCAGUGUGGACACAGGCUAGUCUUUGUCUACCACAGAUAGAGCUGGAAAACCCAAAUGAGCUGUUUCUUUGGUCUCUAAGGGCCAAACUGUAUGUUAUCUGCUCAAAAUGUGUGUAACUAGAUCCUGACAUAAAUGUCUUUUCUUUUUUUAAGCUUGGAAAGUUGCUUUGAGAGGGGCCUAUUGAGAAGUAGUGGUGGAAAACAACCUCUUUCCUCUCUGCCAUUUCCCUUAUCCAAAUUGCCCUCUUUCCCAGUGAAUCUGAGAGGAUAUGAAGCAAGGAAAGGCUUGUUCUCAGUGAACCUCUCAAAAAGUGGGCUUUUCAAGGACUGUCACAGUUUGCUUGCCUCUAACAUGAGCUUGGUCCUUGGCAUUCAGAACUACUCACAAAAUCUUCUAGUCCACAACCGCUACCUGAAGAUUCAAGUCACAACCAUCAGUCAGAGAUAUAAAAUAAUUCCUUUUUAUCAUUAAACCUAUACCUCAGGUUAUAUGAAGAAAGGAUUACAGAUUUUCCUCUGGGAUCAAUAUAGUGCUUUACAGUUUUGUAAACUGUGCUCCUCAAAUGAGUAUUUUAUAUUUUGAGAUAGUUUAUGGCAGGGCUUUUGUUCCAGCUGGAACUCCCUGGAAUUCAGUUCUGACACCUCCCAGGUUGGGGGCCAUUGCCAUUCUAAAAGAAUGAGGGAGGUGUUCAUGGUGAGUUCCGAGACCUCUUUUUUCCGAAAAAUAGCACUGGUUUAGGGACAACAUCAGAACUCAGCUCUGGCAACAUUAUGGGCUUCAGAGUGUUGCUGCAGAGCCAGAUUACACAUUAUUUAAUAAUAGCCCUAGAAGGUAGUGGCAUUAUCUAACAGCUGUAACGGGUUGCUGAGUACUCUACUACCAUAUUUGCUCCCUAUUUCUCAGGUUCAGGAGCUUACGUAGACUUGACUUCCUUAGGGACAAUUGCGGGGAACAUAGUAUUCCUUUGUUUUGGUAAUAUCUGGGCUUAUUUACACAAAUAGAAGUCAAACUUAGGUGAAGGCAUAUCACACAAUAUCCUUCCCAUAAGCCAAAGCUUUCCCAACUGUGUGUCACGACAUGUUAGGGUGUCGGCUGCAGUGUGUAUGUGUGUCGCUCGAAUGCUCCCCACACUCCUCCCAGGGCUGGAAAGGGGCCAGUUUAAACUCCGAUUUGCUAGUAAAACUGAAUUACUGUGUCACGAAAUGAUGCAUGUCCAAAAAGUGUGUCGUCAACUUGAAAAGUUUGGAAAGCUCUACUAUAAGCAGACAGUAGAUGCCCUGCUGCAUGUCAGAUCCCAGAGGUGCACCCCAAUAUACUUUUAGCCACCAGCCACUGUCUUUCCACCUAAUGCUAAAGUAAUACAGUCUCUUAUGCCCCACCCCUUUUCUGCGAGGUAGGGGAGUGAGGAGCCAUCUUCCUAGCUGAAGGCUUUCCUGUUCUAAGGAUGGUCAAGAAACCAUCUCUCUAACAAUUAGUUUCUAUAAAGAGAUAUCCGCCACCCAUGCUUGGCAUUCACCUUUAAUUUCUUAACAGAAAGUGUGGCUGUAACAACACAAGCACUGACCAUUAAGGGAGCACUAAUAUCCUGGCCGCUUAACAAUCUGGUCUAACUCCUAGAUUCAUUCACAGCAGUCAGACAGUAAACUCACAGCGUGAUGACUGACAGGGGCAGGCUAAGGAAGACAUGAUAGGAAGCGUAAUGAUGCAUGCAAGGCAGAAGUGAGGAACCCCUGGCUGAGGAGCACACAAUCCAUCAGCUUCCAAUUGGCCUGAGAGGACUCUGUCACUCGUAUGUUUUUAUAUAAUUUAUUUGUUCCCGUGUUUUAAAUUUUGAAACCACCUUGGGUGCCUUGGUGGUAUACAAAUCUGAUAUACUGAUGCAGAUGAAUCAACUGAGUCUAGAAGUUUAAGCCUUUGCUCUCUGUCCAAGAACAUACAUAUUCCAAAGCAAAAGCCAGAGAAUGAUAAAUAUUUGGUACAACCCCAAGAAAGAAAUCUCAGUUGGCUUUCUCUGUGACAACCGCAGCAUGGGUUCUCUGAUACACAUUGAAGUACAAGAACUGCAUGCAUUGAGGUUUUUAUUCUGGGAGUCAGAGAGAAGCGGAACAUUGUCACAUGCAUCUAAUAUGAAAUUUCUUCAAAAAGGAAGGGCUUGAAGUAAAUUUACAGGGAAUUCCCUGACAGUCUUUAGUUUAUUACAGUUUAGUUGGUCACACUUAACAGAACCCAGCUGUGUUUCCAACAGAAUUAGCCAGUCCUCUCUAUUAACUACUUUGCUAUAGCAACAAGCCCUUCUAGAUACUGUGCCAUGAUUAUUUGUAAUUCUUUCAGAGAAAGAAACAAAUAGCCAGGAUGAACCUUUAAGGGAUCUGAGAAACUGAGAAUUCUUUUAAAAAGUUUAUGGAGUUUAAUAUGGCAUUUUGCUGCAUGUUGACUUUUUUUGCAUAGACUCCCCGCCCCUCCCGCCAGAUGUGACCAUCUUUACCCAGUACUGGAGAGGCUCAGAGGUACAAAAUCUGACAGCUAGCUGCAAACAAGUACUUGCUAGGGAGCCCCAAGAGAAUUGCUGCUUCAGCAACAGCCUGGCUCAGACUGAGGCUCCACCCUUUCUGGCUCUCAGCCAGGCCUUGAUCCACACAGGCCACCUCCCCCUCCUAAGUAGUCACACACUAGGGGGAGUCUCAUGCUGCCCUUUUCAGAAGAUAUGGGAAAAGAGCUUCUUUUGGACUUGCCCACCAUCCUUCACUUCUUUAUCUUAAGCGUGCCCUGAGUCCUGCUGCUGUAUUAGUGGGGUUUUUAUGCUGGUACUAGCUUCACCUUAUGAGGAUACAGUGAAUCUGGAUGACUAGAAUCAGAUCUGAAGUCGAAAGGUAUUGUUUAGACCAGCAGUUCUAUUCCCUUUUGGUUGCAUGGCCAUUUAUGCAUGCUUGCACAAAUUGGUGCAUUUGGGAGUCUCUCUCUUUUUUUUUUACUGUUCUCCUCCUGCUGCAGACCAAAUGCUUCUGGGGCAGUGCAGGUAAUGGUAGACCACCCUCAGUGUGAUUUACUUUUUUUAACAGAUUACUCCGAAUGCAUAAAACAAUUACCCUAAUAUAGUAUUGUUGCUGGUUGAAAUCUUAGAGAUUGCAUUACCAAAGAGUAAGUGAUUUAUGGAUUGCAGCCUAGCCCUCUGACUCUUAAGCAUUUCCAGGCUUAUACGCUCGCAACGCAAAUGUGAAACUUGUGCAUCCCCACACUAAGCAUUUUGUUGUUGUUGUUGGUGGAGCAAGUCAGAUUUGGACCAGGAGAGCGAUUUUUGCAAACAUGUCCUUAAGCAAAAGAAAUGGAAUGUGACUUGGAAAAGCCAGGCUUAGACUACUUGCUAAUUAUUAUGAACUGGCCAGCCGACAACCUUUUCAGAAGUACAAUCUCAUGGGCCUGGAGGAGAGUUUGGAAUUGCUCAAGAGAGAUUUCCAACAUCUUGUUAGCUGAUUAGUAGAUCCACAUUAGCUGUGUGGCUUGGUUCCCACUCCCACACAUGGUGCAUGACUCAAAGGGGGCAGACUGAUGGGCCUUGGGGAGGCCAAGGUCCUCCAGUAGGAAAAGAAGUAGUGUGUGUGUCUGUGUGUGUGUGUGUGUGUGUGUGUGUGUUUGGCAUAAAUACAACAUUCGCCAAUGACAACUUUCCAGCAGAUCCCUGAAUCCAGGGUGUAUAUGGGAUUCUUACUAGUCUACUGCCUCCAUCCAGCACCCAAGGACCUCCUGAAUUCACUGUUUUCCUGUUUCCCUGUAAUGAAAUCUGAACCACAUGGCGGGAGGGGGAGGCAUACAGGAGUCUGGAUAAUUUUUAUCUAGCAACCAUCUCCUGUCAUAGCCACACCAUGAAGAUGCAGGGAGGAACUGCAUGAGCAACCACCCACCCACCCAUUCAGAGCACACAGGCGCACGAAAUCAAGCUUUUUGUCUUCCUAGCUUGGGUAGUUUGGGUAGUUUGCAUCCCUGCUUCAUGGGGCCCACCCUGCAGGAUGCCCAAAGAUUUCACUCACUCCUGUGUUCCAUGGCACAAAGGGUGCAGGUUGUCCUCCCUUUGGAAAGGUGGUCCUUUGGCAGCAAGAUUAACAGCACUCAGGGUCAAAUGAUACUGACACGUGUGUGUGUGUAUGUGUGGAUAGAUAGAUGAUAGAUAGAUAGAUAGAUAGAUAGACAGAUGAUAGACCAGACUUCAGCCUCGAUAUCUGCAGAAACGAAUGGCCCUGGUGACAGCAGUCACACACUGCAGGCUGCAGGCAGGAGGUGCAACUCAAUGGCUCCCCAGCGCCUCUCGCUUUAUGGCUCGACUUCCAGGAGCAGCAUUUCGCCCAUCCUGGAGAUUUCGGGGCUGUGCAAGGGAGCGUUCAUCCCAGGCAACCUCGCCGGGGCUCCUACCUCAGCCCUGACAAACCGCACGCGGAGCGACUGCUCCAUUCUAGCCCUGCACUCCUCUUGAUCUGCUCACCGAAAAGGCUUCUCCGUUGGCAGGCUCUUCCCAUUGGCCCUAGGUCUCUAGGAGCUGUCCAAUAGGCUGAUAGGUUUCUUAUUGUUUCUUCAGAAGGCCUCUUUUGGGAGCAGGUUAACCCUUUGCAGGCGUUUCGAUUGGCUGACUUCUCAGGGAGUUCACUUCUUCCGUUUUGUUUUCUCCGGCUGACCCCGCACCCCUCUGGCAUUCUCCCCUAGUUUUCCUUUCGCUCCACUGUGCAUUAUUUCCUUUGGAUCCUUGCAGCAGCUACAUCCCAUAUACUGUCUAGACACAAAUAAAAUCAAAGCAGCCCCCUCCCCUCAAGGCACAUAUCAGCCAGAACAAACCGUUCCCCACUUCUUUAAAAUGCUUGCAAGGGAUCUUUCCUCCCCCAUUUUUUAUUUUCUCUCUUCCUUCUCUCUUCCAAUGUUCGUAUAUCACUCAAGGCAUGGGGAGCCUCUGUUACACCCCUGCCCCCAAUUCAGAUAGAAUGUGGACUCUCAAGUUUACACUCAUACUGUAUUUCAAAUUAAGUAAGGUUAAUUAAAGUGCAUGACUUUACCCAAAGAAUCCUGCGAACUGCAGUUUUGUUAAAUGGGCUGGGAAUUGUAGCUCUGUGAUGGGUAAACCACAGUUCCCAAAAUUCUUUGGUAGGAAGCCAUAUGCUUUAAAUUUAUGGUGUGCACAGCCUAACCUGGAAUGCUUUGUCACAGCUGGUUCUGUUCUAACAAAGACCAAAGCUAUCAUGCUUGUGAAUCACCUUCAGAGGCGCCUCUCACUGAGUACAGAGGGACCAUAUUUAGACUGUUAUACUGUCUUUUGCUUACGUUACUGUACAUAGCCCUUUUCAGGUGCCACAAACACAUGGGAAGGGCAGGGGAAGCCUGUGUGACCAACUUCCUCCUGAUUUCUUAACCUUCCCCAUUAUGUGGUGAGAGCCCCUCUGUCUGCACAGUUGUUACAUGUGGGUGGGUGCUCUUUCAGAUUUGAUCACCCAAACCCCACUCUCUCCCUCUGCACAUGCUUAUGAUGUCUGAAAAAGGUUUACUGAUCUUUCCAUACAUAUCCAGUACAGUGGUACCUCGGGUUACAGACGCUUCAGGUUACAGACUCCGCUAACCCAGAAAUAAUACACCGGGUUAAGAACUUUGCCUCAGGAUGAGAACAGAAAUCGUGUGGUGGCAGCGGGAGGCCCCAUUAGCUAAAGUGGUACCUCAGGUUAAGAACACUUUCAGGUUAAGAACGGACCUCCAGAAUGAGUUAAGUUCUUAACCCAAGGUACCACUGUAGUACUUACAUGAUGGACUAUUAAAUCUAGUUUAUUUUAUAGUCAUUCUCUUUUCCCAUCUAGAAUGUGGUGAAAGAUGUGUUGGCACAUUCAUCUCCUCCUCCCCUUUCUCCACAGCAAAUUCUGCUGGCAGUUCUGCAUCUGGCAGUGGUGGGAUUGCUGGUAGUAAGGGUGGCUUUUUCCCAGACUAACAUAAGGACAGUUCACCUAUUUGACUUUGCUCAAUAGGAUAAAGCUUGCAUCAUGCAAACUAUUGUGCCAUUAUUAAUUUAGAUAAUCUUAGGCAGCUGGAUAUUAGAAAAACCAAUAACAUUCAAGGAUGGUUCGCGCUUACAAUUAAUCUUUGUGAAUCUGUCACUUAAUCUUAAAUGUAAACAAGGCCACUUUGGGCUGGCAGUUGACUCUUCACCUGAAAUCCAGCACAUUUUCAAAAAGCUCUAGCAUGAAUGAUUGAAGUGUUCCUGUUGUGAUACAUCUGAUGUCCUGCUCAGUGCUGUUGGCUGCAGGAUUUGGGAGCCUCUGGGUAAGUGCCCCAUGCCAAGUAUUCCACUAUCACUGACCCUUCACUGACCUUUGUCACAGUUUGAUUUGUACGGCCCUCAAGAUGGAGAAGGGAACACAAGCCAAGGCUGAUGCUUGCCCCUCUCCCACCAUUGCUGGCUUGUUCAGAGAGGUCAGGUGAAAAGAGAAGGACAGCAAGGAGCAGAGGCAGACAGGCUGAGAGGUUCCAGGUUUCGGCACUGGGCCUCCUUGCUGAGAUGGGGACCCUGGCAAGUACCUGAGAAUGCUGGCUCCUGAUUCUGCUGCAAUGCUCAAACUGUUUUUCAGGAGUUUUUUUGUGUGCCUGUGACACCCGUUGCGGCCCUUAUGGGACCCAGCAUUAGAAACUGUAAAACCAUUGCUUUGGCAAAGAUCCUUUGCUGGAAGGAGGUUUGAAUGAAUAUGAGGCUUCAUUGCGGCAUCUUUAAAUGGACGGCAACAACAGCCAAAGAGAACAUAUAUUUUACAUAUCACCUUCCACUGUUAGAUCUGAAAAUUAUUAACACAUAGGAAGAAAAUACUCCUCACUACUGUCUCAUGAAUAUUUUUCUUCUCUGUUGGUUUUGAUUAUGUAAAAGUGCCCCCUUAUCCCGCCCUUCAUUUUUGCUGCUGGCAGAAAAGCAGGAAUGUCAACCCCGGAGCCUUUUAGAAACUCAAGGAUUCCAGAACUCAAGGAACUGGGCAAGAUUCUUUUUUACAACUUUCCUGCAGAAGCAAUAUAAAAGAAAAAGAGUCUAGACUAUUCUAAAGCAUUUCCCCUCAGCCGGAUCUGUAUUUAAAGUACAGUAUAGGUCAUAUUCACACCAUACAUUUCAAGCACUCUUAUACCACUUUAAUAGUAAUGGAAUCCCUCUAGGAAUCCUGGAAACUGUAGUGUGAUAAGGGUGCUGGGAACUGUAGUUAUGGGUCUUCUAACUGCAUUCAGCGCUCCUAAUAAAUGAAACUUCACAAGAUACUUUGGGGGAAGCCAUGACUGUUAAAAUGGCAAUGAAAAUGUACUGUGUGCAUUCAGAUAUUGACUGGGCAUCAGUAACUCUCUGAAUAGGCCACAGCUGAGCCGUAGCGUUAGCCCCCUGAUAAAGGCAAAUGUGCUUUGGGCUGCAAUCUUACGCCUGCUGACAUGAGAGUAACUCAUAUUAAGCAGAGAAGAACUUACUUCUGUGUAAGUAUGCGCAGGAUUGUGUGCUGUCAAGGUUUGUUUAAAAGUGAUGGGUGGAAUUUGCAAUGAGGGAUAGACUUCAUUUAUUGCAGGGGUCAAUGGGGCAGUUUGGGUAUUUUAGAUAUUUUGCAACCGGAAGCAAAGGUAAAUAUGGCAACCCAAAUCUCCAUUCCACCGACAGAAGUUGAACUAGUAGACUGGCAGCUGAAUUUCGUGUCAAACUAGAGUUGCCUUACGUCCGGAAUUUCCUGGACACUGACAGGAUCUGGCCAUUGGAAACAGUGUCCGGGCAGAAAUAGCUUUAAUGUUCAUGAAAAUCCAGACGUAAGGGAACCCAUGUCGGAAGUUUAGAUUUUUGCGAAUUUCUUAAAAAUAGCUCAAAAACUUAUUAGCUUCGAGAAAGAAAGAAAAUACUCAACAACUUUUGUGUCCACAGCUCAAGGGAGCAGGCUAGCUAUGGGGACGCAGGGCACUUUGCAUGACACAUACAGCUUCUUUCUCCCUACACCUGGCAGCUGCUCUCAGCAGCUGCUGCCUGAGGUGGAUGCCUCACUCUGCCUAACAGUAGGACUGGUCAUAAGGAUUUUUAUCUUUAAAAUGACAUUUCUGCUGGUAUAUACUCAUUUGACUUGUUCGUUAUAUUUUUAUCUCCUAUAAAAUAUAAGGAACCUAGAGUAGCCUGCAAAGUUCUCCUCAUAACUCACGGCUUCAGAAAAAAGCUUAGGGGAAAUAUCGUUUUUGAAAUAUAAUUUUUGCAACAGCUGAAUAUAUAUACCUCUUUCACAUUCUGUAUUUUCCAUGUCACUGAAGGGUUUCAGGCACCCAACUUUGGAUAACAUCAUUUCAUUUUAGUAGAAAGAAAGUCUGCAUAUAAUUCUACCAGACAGUCUUCAAGGGGUAAUCAUAUUAGCAAUGGAGGAUAAUUUUGCCCUGUGUUUUAAAGUGUGCCAACCAAAUUAGCAGUUCCCAGACUUCUAUGCAGAUUGCUAACUGCAUUCCAAAUUUGUUGCUUACCAAAAAAUCAUAUUUCAAGGGGAAGGGCAUGCAAAAUCAUUUCUUUUGGAGAAAAUGUACACAAAAUGCAUAUUUUGGGGGAAGGUGCAUAGAAAAAAUGCAAAAAAAAAACCUGCAUAGAGAAAUUUCUAAUUUUGUGCACGUUUGUUUUACAAUCCAUGUUAACAGGACACAAUCGACUUAUGGAGACACUGACAGGGAAUGAGAAAAAGCUGAUCCAUCCACCCCUGGGCUGUAUAUACCAUCAGUUGCAUUCUGUUCACCAGCUAUCUGACAAUCAUGCUCGUAGCAAAAUAAACAUUCAUGCUUCACUUACCCAAUAAGAAAAAAGUCAUAUGUUAAGUCUCUUUGAACUUGCAGCCCCAGUUGUGGAUUGCAAGUGACAUGUGUAGCAGUGAACAAUCCACAGGCCUGGAAAAUAUCAUUCAGGACCAAAGUGUAUGAGGUUACACUUCGUGAUCCAUAACCUCCAACUGCAUCUUUUUAAAUAGGAGCGUAGUCUGUUUUCCUUAUAAGUGUUUUUCAGUGAUGGUUGCUUAAUUUGCCCUUAGCAUGAGAAUUUAGUGUGAAGUACACAUAGUGGGUUUGCAUCCAAUCUGGCACCAGCUCAAGGAAGCUCAGCUUGGUGCUCUCAUUCGACAUAGUUUGUAUCAUACACUAAAUACCUUGUUCACGUAUGUACAAGGGAAAUACCUACUUUAUUUUCUCAGGGCUGUUUCACAGUCUCAUGUCUGCUUGAAGAAGCUAAACUAUGCUUUGUCAUGAUGUCAUCCGUUGGUUUGUGAUUAGCCAGGAAGCACAGACAUCAUAGCUUGAAGUGAGUUUGCAGAUUGUGGUUUGUCUAACGGUGAGUAGGGUGUCUCAACUGAUGGUUUCAGUAGUUUCAGCUAUCGCACCACCUCGGGAAGCUGGUCUUCAUGUAGCGGGGAGUGAAUUUAUGAAGCUGAGUGCUGAGAAGAAAGAAAAUAGAAGCAGCUCUAAAACCAUGGCUUGCUUUUUGUACCUUUGGAAGCUCAGAUAGUAGUUUGGGUCCUAAACAAUGGCUAGCACAAGUCAUGGUUUCACAUGAAGUCAGAAUUAAGUCAUCAUAAGAGUCAAAUUACUGGGUCUGUGUGGAGCCUGCCCUACCAUUAGGCAGAACAAGGUCACCACCUCAUGCAGGAGAUGCUGGGGGAGAGCAGUGGCAACUCUCUGGCGCCUCCUCCUGAACCUCCAGCUGUUUCCUUCUGUUGAAAGACAGAGCUGUGUAUGCCAUAUGAGCUGACCCAGCUCCCCUAGACUUGGUGUCUAAGGUGCAGUGGAAGGUGCCAUCUUGUCACUUAGUGUUGAGGCAAGUUCAACUGCCAUUCCACUCAGCCUCUGUCCAUGAAAUGAGGAGGGUGCGCCAUCUUGUCCUUCAUCUUAGGCAGCAAAAUAUAUUGGGCUGACUCUGGGUCCCUUGGCAUGUGUACUUGUUUUCAGUCAGUGCUCAUGUGUUCUCAAAAAGACAGGUUUGUCUAUCUGAUUAUAAAGGCAAAGGUAAAGGGACCCCUGACCAUUAGGUCCAGUCGUGGCCGACUCUGGGGUUGUGGCGCUCAUCUCGCUUUAUUGCCCGAGGGAGCUGGCGUACAGCUUCCAGGUCAUGUGGCCAGCAUGACUAAGCCACUUCUGGCAAACCAGAGCAGCGCAUGGAAACACCGCUUACAUUCCCGCCGGAGCAAUACCUAUUUAUCUACUUGCACUUUGACAUGCUUUCGAACUGCUAGGUUGGCAGGAGCAGAGACCGAGCAACGGGAGCUCACCUCAUCGCGGGGAUUCGAACCGCCGACCAUCUGAUUGGCAAGUCCUAGGCUCUGUUCAUGCUAAAAACACAUGUGAAGUAGCCAUUGGAUGGCGGAAAGCAUGGGCGUCCCAAAGUGAAAUAUUCAUGGGCUAAGAACAAAGAGAGGACAGGGAGGGUAGAAAUUUGGGAACAGGCUUACAGUAAUCGUGAGGAUCAGGUCGGAGGUGUGUUAACCAGGUUGCAAGACCCACAUGCUGCCUGUCUCUUGUUAACACUGUCAGGCUGUCAGUUUCACAAGCACUAACAUUCACCGCAAUUUUUUAUUAAGGGAGCAAAGAAUGGAUGGAGGCAUGCAGCUUCUUCUUUUUUGGAGUGUAAAAGAAACCUCAGCUGUGAAGCUGGCGUGUAGGGUGAGGGGGGGUGCUCAUUCCUUAUUGAAAGCAGAGAAGGGAAAUGCAGAUGUCACAGCUGGAAUUGGAGAUUUAUCUUGGCAGGCAGAGAAGGAAAAAUAUAUAUUUAUUUAAUAAUAAAAAGUAAAAGAGAAAACUUAGAAGAAUCCCCUGCCGGUUUGGCACAGUUGGCCAGCAUGAGGAGAACCUCUGGUUUUCAAGCAGCCUUCGUCUCCUGGAUUUGGGCUUUAGUCCAGUGGGAUUGGCCUUUUGCUGGCUUCUUUUUGGAGUGAGUUUUAGUGUAGAAAGGUCAGGAUGGGGAAAACUUAUUUGAAUCUGAAGCAGUAGGGGUGAGACUCUUUCCUGGAUUUUUUUUUCUUUUAAGGUGAAAAGACGGCACAACCCUGAGGAAAAGAAAUGAAGAAUUUGGGUUUCUUAAAGGAAAGGGGAAGCCCAAGCAACAGAGAUGAGUUCACAUUUGUAUAUUUUCAGCUUAACUCAGGGUUGGCCGGAGUGGGGCCUUUCUCAUGUUGUUGGACUCCAACUCCCAGCAGCCCCAGCCAGCACAGCCUGCAGUCAAGGAUGCUGGGAGUUGUAGGCUGCAUACACACCAUGUUUAAAGCACAUUCCUCCACCCCAAGAAUUUGGAGAACUGUAGUGUACCCCUCACAAGUCACCUAUUCUCAGUGCCCUUAACAAAUUACAGUUCAGGGGUGGGGGUGGGGCUUUAAAGGUAUGGGGUGUGUGCUGCUAUAGUUCACCCACGUCUGAAAGGCACAAAGCAAACACUCCUGGCUUAACCUCUGAGACAAACUUUUAUGCUCAGGAGAACCAGCCCGAGACAUUUUGCUCCCCGAGGCAGAGGACAAGAUAGCACCAUCACCACCCUUGCAUGGCUUCCACAUACGGAAGCUGACUGGGCUGUAAGUUGAAUUUUACUUCAACUCUGGCAGUGGGUUAGUACCACUUGAGGGUGGUUGAGGUGAUGCAUGACAGGCACAUACGCCUCUGACAUCCAGCGGAGGGAAAUGGCUCAUGAGGAACUGCCACAGGGGUGGGGUAGGGCUGUUGCUUCUGCCCCCAGCACCUGCUGCUUGAGGUGCUUGAUGGUAAGGCCAGCCCUGCAAUGGAGAUUCACAAAGGCUUAGGCCGUGUCACUCAGGCAGCCUUAGCUCAUCUUGUGGUGAUGAGAACAUGUGGUGAAAAUAUGUUUGGAAGACUCGGCCUAUCAUGCGUCUGUCACUGGGAGAGUGUCGUACCGCAGCCAAUGACUGACAGCCUCACAUGCUUGCUUCAGGAAUGAGACGGCUUAAGCAGGAGCAGAUUUUCUUACAAAGUUAAAAGAUUGCCUGCAUUUGGAGAACGAUGCCCAAAUAUGAGAUCAGGAGGUAUAUCUUCCCCUAUCUCCAAGCUCAUGGGAAAGAGCGGAGCAGUUAAGAGCGGCCUGAAACUUUGGCUUGUGUCAGGGAAUCGGCGCAGCCCCACUAUGGGUCUCAGUGAACCUUGGCUGCCCCCAUCCUGACUGUUCAUUGGUAACGCUUUGGAAACACAUCUUGUGCUAUUUCUUGGCUGUGAAAUAUGAGGGGUGGGGGAGGGGAGGGGAGGAGAGGAGAGGAGGGAGAGAGAGAACACAGGGGUGAAAGAGAGAUGCAGAUAAUGGAGCACUAAAUUUGGACUUGGUGCUUUUAACUUCAGACCGCAUUGGGAAGCAGCUUACCCUACAAAAUGAUGUUGGUCCCAUUCCCAACUGGCUUGCCUCAAACUGGUGACUUUGCCUGAAGGCAAGUUCACAGAAGCCACAGCGAGGUUCACUCUUGCCACUUGAUGCUUGCUGCAAAAGCCGUCUUCAUUCGCUCUUAAAUCACUCAGUGAAUAGUUUGUAAGGGUGUUUAUAUAUAUGGUUUUGAAAACAAGCUAGAAUCUGGAUCUGGAGGAGGCUGCAGAACUUCAGCCCAAGAUCUACAUGAGUGUCUGCCUUAAGCCCUCUUCCUAGUUAUAUUAAUUCAUUCCAUGGUUUUCCUAAGCGCAAAAGAGAACUGGCAAAAGUCUUAAAGCAGGGAUGUGGGAUCUGUGACCCUCCAGAUGCUGUUGGACUCCAGCUUCCACUGGCCCCUCCAAGCAUGGCCAAUGGUCAGGGAUGAUGGGAGCACAUCUGGAGUGCACCAGGUUCCCCACCCCUUUCUUAAAGGCUUUACGUAAUCCACAACGUUCUCCAUUAUCCUAUAUUGGACUCCAGUCAGUGAUUGAUUGAUGUUAUCUCUGCAGCACACCCUAGAUGACAUAAAGUGAUUAUUUCAUGAAGCAUUUAGUCAUAGGUUAUAUAGGAAGAGAGAGCUUCUCAGUUUAGUCUCCUGACACUCACAUAAGAAGCAAUCAUGGCAGAGCCACUAGGAUACAACACAAACAAAUGUAACUUCCUUCUUUGAAAGAAGAUAUAUAUCCCAUCCAGUAUCAUUUAUAUUUAAUCUGGAAACUUUCUUGUAGGAACUGAAAUAUAUACCGGUAGUAGGAAACACUGCUGAACACCUUCCCUAAAAGGGAAGUCUAAAUUAUUUGGGGCUUUUUAGUUUAGGAAAAUACCACAACUAAGAGCAAUGCUGUGAUGGCAGAGGUUUCUGUCGGGAUGAUACAUGUGUUGGGCUUUGCUAGAUCGAUGAUCUGGCACUGUACUACCUAAUCUACACACAGACAGAAGAUACCACUGGUGGCUUCCCUAUGGGAGGUAGUUGGUGCAUACCCUCAAAAUUGAGGUUUUGGGAGGCAGGGAGGAGAGGGUGGGACAAGGCUCACCUGGCCAAGAGUCUGCUGGAUCCCAUGCCCUACAAGUGCUGGAAAAAACAGGAUGUCCCAUUCUUUUCCUGCAAGAGCACGGUGGCCAUUUUGGGCGCCAUGAUCUCUUGCAAUUUUGCAGUGAGAUCUCACCCUGAAGAAAGUGUUCUUUUAGGGGCUGCAGUCUUACAUGGUACCCCAAAAGGCAGGCCUUUUGUGUUCUGUGAGCUUGCACUGGUCACGUAACUCAUGUAGGAGCAUGGAUGGGAAGAUAAGCAUCCUGGUUUGGGGAUUCAAUAUUUUGGAGCGCACAGGAUCUCUGCUGCUGCUGCUGGCUGGAACUAGUGCAACAGAAAUUCAUGGUUUUCCCGCCCUUUCAUCUCCUUCACUGGCUGGUGCAAGUGGCAGAAUUCCGGAUGUGGCAUUGGUGCUGCUUUUUGCUCCAUCCAUCCCCAUUGCUGCCUGCCAGGGUUUUGGGGAAGACAUGGGGGAGGUUUUUAACAUUUUGUAUGGUGUGAAGAGGGAGAGGUGCUUUUUGCCUCCUCCUCAUACUAGAACUUGAUGGUAUAGAGUGAAAUUCAGAACAGACAAAAAGUACUUCUUCAUACAACACAUAAUUAAUUUAUGGAAAUCAGUGGCACAAGAUGUGGAGAUGGCCACCAGCUUGGAUGGCUUUAAAAAGGGGUCGUGGACAGGUCACAGUGUUUUUGUAUGGAAGUGCAAACUCCAGCCACCAAACAUGGGCCUUAGCAGAAGGGCAAGUCAAGAGUCUCUGAUCUUGUCAGGGGGCGUUGCUGACCAUCUUUCAACUCUCUUCAACCUUUGAUUCACCCUGCUGAAUAUAUGAACUAUGAUUCACCCCUGAAUCUGUUGCCUUGUCUUGAAAUUAAAUAGCAUUUUCCAAAUCUGGAGUGAUCUGGGAGUGCUUUCUUCUUUAAGGGUGUCUGUGCCUCAUACAAUCUUUGGUAAUGACCAUAAUUAUCCCUUAUCCCAGUGCAUAAACUACCUUAAGUGCAGAAAGCACUUACGUCUGAAAAACCCAUUCUGAGGCACACCAUGGUUAGUGCUAAUCUGGUAAAUGAGUACUUGUCCAGAGAUAAAAGGGGCAAGCACUGAUGAGGAAGCAUUUGCACUUGCAAAAGGAUCAGGAUAAUAUGCCAAUGGGAGAAAGAAUCCUAGAGAGGGAAGGUCCUUCAAGUCAUUGAAACCCUGGUGCUUCUCCUUUCCCUCCUCUGGCUCACCUCUGCAGCCUCCUUGGUGCACUCCUGGCACAGUUAUCUCCAUUUUAGCCAGCUGGGCCAAUCCCUUCUGUCCCACAAGGCUCCAUGUUGUGCAAUGGCCUGGGUGAAGCUCCAUCUCCUCCUCUCCUGGUGCUGGGAAGCUAAAUGGCUCACAUCGCUUCAGCCGCCCCUGAACUUGUUAUUCCAUUGGACACUGCCAGGGCUGGAGUGUGGCAAGCCAACCCCCCCAUCCCCACCCCAGGAAGGAGUUGAUCAAUCUAGGCUGAACCUGCAGGGAGGACUCACAAGGGCAGAAAGUCUUUCUCCUCUUCUGUCCCAUGCAGACUUCCAUAUCUUGAUCUAGGCCUGCUUUCAAGAUCUUAAAAUAUUGUUUUCACCUAGUAGUUUCUUUUGAGAUUUAUAUUAGCCACCCCAUAUGCUGUGAUUGUCAUGUAUAGACCUUUUGUAUGCAUUUUGAAAAAUGUCACCAGUGCUAAUGGCUGGGUUGGAGUUGUGUGCACAUAGAAUUCCCAGUGGCAACUUCUUUCCUGCCUGAAUAUCUGAAUAUCUACCUGACUAUAUUCCACUUCCAGCUACACUCCAGAACUCUCUGCUCUUUUCAGUACAUGGCUGAGAACUGAUUGUUUUAAAAGUUACCUGAUAUCUGUUCCUUUAACCAGCCUCUAUGCAGCCUUUUCAUUGCCUUUCUUCUAUUUACAUAAUGAUAUUAUUCCAGAGCAAAACAAACACACACCUUGCUAUUGAAACAGGAACUUACAUUGUAGUAUCCGGGGUGCCCAGCUCAACUCCUCCCUCAGUUUUUUUGAGCUGGCAGGUCCUGCUCAAGGGAUUUCCUCACGGGAGAGGAGGCCAGACAAUGACCCACCCUCCUCUCCAGUCUGGAUAAUAAAAAGCAAGCAGUGUGCCUCAGAGUGGAAUUUUAAGACCAUGCACCACACACUACAGAGCACAUCUUUCCUUUAUGAUGUUUUGUGUAGAAUACCAUAUAAAGCAUGGUACUUACUUCCCACCUUGAAAUGUUAUCUUUCAGUAAUAAAUGGAUGCUCUGCAUCAGAACUGCAAACCAAGAAGAAAAGUAUUUUAUAUAAUAUUCAAUCAGAGUAGGACUGCUCUCUCUCGCUCUCUCUUACUCACAUAUGUAUAAUUAUGCUUACAUUCCAUCUACUGUAUAUGUAAUCAAGAUGAUCAAUAAUUUAAUUAAUCCAUGCAUUACAUAUCAAAUAGUAGUAUUUGUCAAGAAAUGACAGGAUCAAUACAUUGUGGUGAACAUCAUGUGGUGAACAUCAUAUGUCUUCAAAAAACAGCACACUGGAUACAUUGUAAGGAGUAAUUAGAUUUCCAUCUGAAAACAGUCCACAAAACACAUCUCAGGUCACAGUAACAACCUGUCUAGUUAAAUUGCCCCCUGCCCCAGACUGCCUCCUAGUGGUUGGGUCUGGCAAGUGUCUUAACACAAAGGGGACUGUACCUUUCUCCCAGCAGCAGGAAUGUGGACAGGUGAGUUUUUGAUCCAUCUGAAUGCAACAGCAGCAUUAACGGGGGGGGGGGGGGUCACAGUAACCUUUCUGCAGUAUGCCAUGCACCCACAUGGAUAUGGAGACUUUUUUGUGUAGGGGAAAUGUAACAUGUAAAGCAUCCCUGCAAUCCUUUCCCUUUUUCUAGGUUCUUAAGAGGGUAACUUCUUGCUUACUGUUUGAUGAAUCCUUUUGUCCCCUGCCAGCAAAAAAUGGUGUGCCAUGUGGAAAGAUCUGGGGUAUUUUUUUAAAACUAUAAAAUCUGGAUUUAUUGGAUGGUAGUGCUAUACUCAUAUUAAUGUUACCAGGUCAUGUUAAUGUUACUAAGUCAUCGUUAAACUUUCUGAGCAAGCCAGAUAUUCACAGGCAUCGUGUGACUUUAUUCUAUUUUUCUAGGACUCGCAAAAAAUGGCCGGAAUCCUAAAGGAUAUUAAAAUGUCACAACCCUUUCCUUUUGUUUAGCUUAAGUUCCUUCUUAUAAAGAUAGACAGAAACAUCUGGCCUUGUAAACUCCAGAGGGACAUGGGUGUGUAAUGCUGUUUGAGGAACAUACGGGAGGGCUUGUUAUCUAGGGACAGUAUCUGCAGAGUACAGGAUUUGGAGAUGCUUCUCUUUAAUUUUGCAUGGGGCUUUCUGGGUAGUUUUUCCCCUUCAGUUAGACAGAUGGAUAGAUUUUGGACACCUGUGGCAAAACUGCAGCAUAGCAAGCCUCUCAAAUGUUUGUCACCAUGAAAAGCAUAUGAGCUGUAUGGUGCUUACAACAUGGAGAUAGAAAGGAAUCCCAACUGGUCCUAGCCAGGUAGGAAGACUGCAGGGCGCAAUCUGCAUAGGGUAAUAUGAGUUAGCUGCAGUACUGCAUUUCUGGUCCCUGAGGAGCUGGUGGGGCCAGCAAGGGGUCACUGUGAAAGCUGUGGUAGAAACAGGUGAGAAAUCUAUUAAGAGCUGAAACGUAUGAUCUGGUGGGACUUCAUAAAACCAUUAACAGCUUUUCGUAAGAAGUGUUCCACUGGCUGUGUACAUGCCAUACAUAUAAAGCACAUUUCCCUGCCCAAAGAAACUUGGGAACUGUAGUUUUUGGGUGCUGGGGUUUGCAGUUGUGUGAGGGGUAAACUACAGUUCCUGGGAUUCUUUUGGGUGGGUGUAUGUAGCCAAAAGUGUUGAAGGAAAAAAUGGUGUUACACCAGUGUUUCUUGCAGCAAGCAUAUAACAUGUGGGUAUUAUAUACACAUAUACAUGCACGUCUUUUAACAUCCAUGUACACACAUGUUGGAACCCUUUCCCAAUCAGGGUUUCCAGAUGGACAUAUCAAUGUCUUUAAAGAGAUAUGUGUAUCUGUGUUUGCUGCAAGAAACAUUAGAGUUUCCCCUAGCUAUUUGGUUAUUCCUUUGCUAAGUGGAAAUGCCUUAUACAAUAUGCCUAAGAAAGAAAUACUUUUUUGAGGGCCAGACUUCAUAAUAAUCCAGUAGCACCACUAUUCAUAUUAGCUGCUUCAUCCUCCACUUAUUUGGGAAAUUAUGCUAAAAUUUGUUGCCAUAGGGCUCACCCAGGCUUCUGCUUAUCCCACCACUUUUCCCCAGGAAAACCCAAUCUUUACUGCUGAAUCAGAGCAAAUGUCAAUUGCAUUUUCCGCGGAUGGAUGUUUGUUCUGAUUCAGUGCUAAAGAGUGUGUUUUCCUGGGGAAAGUGGUGGGGCAAACAGAAAACUGCUGGCCACUGUCACUGGACUCAGCUACAUUAGUCAAAAAUUAGCGUUCUGAAUGCGUUAUAAACAUGCAACACCAGAUGGUGCUGGAGAGGGAGGGAAAUUAUUUGCGAUUUUUAAAUUAUAACAAUUUAAUUUCUGACUUAUUUAUAGCAUUUUCCUCCUGUGUGUAGAUCUCAUUGUCAAUUUGAAAUGGUGUGUGCCAAUGGUGACAAACCAAUAAUUCUGAUAUCCACAGUAUUUGAUAACAUGAAGCUUGUUGUUGAAAAAGAUGUACAGAUGGUUUGUUAUGAGCGCCGAGGAGAAAUGGGUCCAUUAAAUAGGGUUAGUUAAAUUAAGGUAUAAAUGGCAGGCAAGGAGGUAUAUCUUUGUGGAUAUUGUCUGGUUCGUUCUUUAAGAAAACAACAGCUUUCUGUAGCUAUGAAAACGGUAAGAAUAAAAGGAGGAAUAUAGCUGCUUCUCUUCCAGAUAAUUUGGCUCCUGAUACAUCUGGCUUGGGAUACGUUUCAGUAGAAGGCCCUCUAGUCCCUCACGGAGGUGAUGCUUAAUGCUCUUCUUUUUGCCCUUUUCUCAGCAUUUCUCUGAGAACUUCGACCACUUCUCCGAGAACAUGGAGGACUUUUCCAACGAACUCUUCAACAGCUUCUUUGAUGACCCCAUGCUGGUUGAAAAGAACCCUUUGCUGGACAUGGAUCUGGACUCUCCUACUCCUGGCAUCCAAGCAGAGCACAGCUACUCCCUGAGCGGAGACUCAGCUCCCCAGAGCCCCCUCAUGCCUGUCAAGACAGAAGACAAUGCCAAUGGUGAGCGAGCAAGGUCCAUGCAUGCUGGUUCGAGAAACGUGUCCCUAAACCUCUUAAAAGCCUACCGUGUUGUUAGCAGAAGAGUUGGUUCUGUUAGGUGGGUGUGUUCUCUUUCAAAUGAACCAUUGCCCUUGAAAACAGCUGAUCAGGCUACCUAAAAGAGAUGGCCCAUAGCUUUACUUUCAGGAAGAAAGUUUAAUUCCAGGCAAUGAAUCUUAUCCACUUUCUAAAAAUUGAUUUCUUAUUUUUAAAUGAAAGGGGGGGGGAGGAAUGAGUAAAAGUUAAAAUAAAAUUGAAGAAAGAGAAGAGGAAAAAACACAUCAUCAUCAUAAACAAAGGAUACUAAUGAUAAUAGUAGACCACCAUCAUUUCACAUUGCAGAUACAGUGACAAUUGGUACAGAAAUCGUUAAUUCAGUAUAAGCCCUCAGUAUGUCUAGAUCAGCCUUUCUCAACCUGUGGGUCCCCAGAUGUUGUUGAACUACAACUCCCAUCACACCUAGCUAGCAAGGCCAAACCUCAGGGAUGAUGGGAGUUGCAGUCCAACAACAUCUGGGGACCCACAGAUUGAGAACCGCUGGUCUAGAUGGAUGCUUAUGUGAAAUAUGUUUGAAUGUAGCCAAUUUGAUCUACUUUUAAUUGAUUUGAAUCCACCUAAUAAUAAUAGAACUAGUAUUGCUCACUUAAUUGUCCAUGAUACAUACAAAUACCCAGUGGCGGAGCUUCAAGCUCUGACAGCUGGAGGAGGAGAGCAGGCGGGGCGGGGCUGGCAUGCAUCCUGGGGGCCUGGCGUGCUACCUGCAGGGGCGUGGCACACUGUCUGCGGGGGCGUGGUGCCCAGCGUGGCGGGGGGCAGCCACAAUGGCACCCCACCAGGAUUGCACUGCCGUUGGUGGCGUGCCCCCCCCCACUCCUCUUCCUCCGCCAGUGCCAAUACCUCAUUAGGCUGAAAUAGAAAGGUGUGCAGGCCUCUUCUCCCUCCCUUCUUUUUGGAUACAUGUUUUUCAAGAAUCCCGCUUCCUUCUGAUAAGAGGUUUGGAGAAGUUGAAUGAGCAUGCUAAAACCAGGUAGGAAUAGCCCAGGAAAGGAAAGCUAGGUAAGGAAAUAAGGCUGCCACAUAAUACUGGCACCACAUCUGUAAGAACUUUAUCAUUUAGUGUGACAGCACUGAAACUUUGGAACUCCCUCCCUAUUGAAAUCAGGCAGACACCUUCUCUGUAUUCCUUCGGGUUUGCUGAAGACAUUCUCAUUUAGACAAGCCUACCCAGACGUUUAGAAAGUUUGUAGGAGUUUUAAUUUGUUUUAGUCUAUUUUAUUGUGGUUUUAACCUUCUGUAUGUUUUAAAUUAGGACUACAUUUUUAGUGAUAGUUUUAUUGUUUUUCUCUUCUUUGUAAACCACUAUGAGAUUUUUUUCUACAAUCACGUGGUAUAUAAAUCUUAUGCAAUAAAUAAAAUAAAAUCCAAAAAUAAAUACCAGUGAAAAGAACAUGCAAAAUGCAUUAUAUUGGGGGGAAAUGCUUGCAGAAAUGUAUAUAUUAGGGGAAAGACACGUUAACUGCUAACAAAUUUUCGUAAGGACUUUAAAAAGAAAUGUUUUGUGAACUGAUGCAGAAAUAUGAGGAACUAAACUUAAGAUUGGAAAAGUUAGAAACAGAGAGGAAGCAAACUUGACAGUUUUGUGUAUCCCUACUAGGGAGCAUCCUAAUUGAACACAGUGAGACUUACACCUGAGUAAACAUGCAUAAGAUUAUGCUGUGGUUUGCAGCAAACUAAAGAAAGCCAAUUUCAGCUUUCCUUGCUUACCAAGUGUCCUUUGCUCAGAGCAGCAGUAAUGGAAGAAACAGAAAUUGACCAUUUCAAAUAAGAACUGAGCUCUGUUAUAUGAAAAUAUAUACCAGACUUAACAAUGACCUUUGCUUCUUAAUCAGGGCUUGCAACAACAGACUAAACAGGGAUUUUGGCUUCAUGACUCAGUAAGAGUCACUAACCCACUAUUUUAAGAGAGGGAGAGAGAAAACUUACUGCUUUAUCGUCAUUUAGUGUGAGAGUUAGUUGUUUCCAUACUGGAUCUGGUCCAAAAAAAUGACCUCCCGCUAGCGUACUAUUCACUGAACAUUACAAUGUGUUCCCAUAUUUCAAAGCAGUUCUUGCUGCUUUGAGCUGUAUAGAACUAGUAAGCACCUUUGGGGAUAUAUGCUGGGGUCUUGGUUCACUUUAUCUGUUUUUCCAUCCAUCAGACUUAAAUAAAUCAUCAAUGUGGUUAUACAAUAGAGGCAAUGCAGAAAAAAAUAACAGUGGUGUUUAGGAUUUGUUUGGCAGUGAAACUUUUAAGAGCCAUAUGCCUAUGUCUGGGCAAAGAAUGAACAACCAUACUGAGGGGAAAUGAAUGGACUCCGGCAAGUUUUGUUAGGAUCUUUAUUAGAAUGUUUAGUUUGAAAUUUAACUAACUCUAAAUGUGAUGGAGCACCCCAAAUGGGCCAGAAUGUCUUCUAAAAGUCAGAUAGUUGUUUAUUUCCUUGACAUCUGAUGGGAGGGCGUUCCACAGGGCAGGCGCCACCACCGAGAAGGCCCUCUGCCUGGUUCCCUGUAAUCUCACUUCUCACAGUGAGGGAACCGCCAGAAGGCCCUCGGAGGAGGACCUCAGUGUCUGGGCUGAACGAUGGGGGUGUAGUCCUUCAGGUACACCUGGCCUAGGCCAUUAUUGAACAGCAAAUGGAGUCCCUCACAUACAAGAGUGCACACAUUGCGUACAGUUAUAUAUGUGGGUUUCCUUUCAGAUGUUCAAUGGCAAAGGACCACAGCUCGGUGGUAGAGAUCCCCUUCUGCACUUGUGGGGCAUCUCAAUAUUCACACAGCCUCUGACAUCAAAUUGCCGAGUACUUCUAGGAGGCUAGGAAGCUGCCUUCUCCUGAGGCAAAACAUUGCCCAGUCUAGUUCUGUUGACACUGACUGGUAGAGGCUCUCCAGGGUCUCAGACUACCUGGGAAUCCAAUGGAUUAAGCCUUGGAGCUUCUGCUCUACCACUGACCUAACUCUAAGCUCCUCCUCUUGUGUCAAGGCCUGGUCUACUGCAACCUGCCUGGAAAAAGUUCUGUAAAACUCAUGCAUCCCCGUUCCAAGAAGGAGGCCUAAUAAAACAUGUCAACUUGCGCUAUUCCCCUCCCCCUCUGACAGGCUCUUGGCAGCAGCAGAGAAAAGGGACUCUUAGGUUGUUGGGUGUGGAUUCACAGACCUCUGUGCCUCUCCUGGCACUUUUGGCUUGGGCGUAGUAGACACAGUGGAAGCCGCUGCCUGCAGCCAGUGCUUACUGGCGCGUGUGGAAGACUAAGUGGCUUUUUUACUUACCCGCAGAUCUCUCGGUAGGAGACGGAGAGGAACAGUCAUUUCAGAGCCUAUUUUUAAAACAAUUCAUUUUAGGAUAAUUCAUGAUGGCAGGAUAUUUUUAGAGCAACCCCAGCAGAGGAUCCUGUAAUUUGUGGGACCAUGUGGGUGUCCCAGCAGUUGAAGGACAGCAGCUGGCCUGAAGAGAGAAUGGCACAGAUUCAGUAUACACAAGAGAAGAAAAGCCUUCCUUUCAGCAAAAGCAGGGAAUAGGUUUCCCUGCUGUGGUCAGGGAUUAUCCAUGCUGAGUGCUACCAAACAUUAAGAAGAGAGGAGGCAGAGAAAUUUCCCUUUCCUCCCUCUUUUUGGUAGAUCCUUCUUUUAUUUUUGUUCUUAUUAUUUAUUAAAUUUGUAUACCACCCUUCGUCCGUAGAUCUUUUAAAAUGGAAUGAGCAGGGCUGAUCUAGAGAAAGAGCUUGCCGCAUGCCAAACCUUGUCUGCGGUUUGUACCACUUUUCACUGUGUGUGAGGGAGUGUAUGCCAGCAUGCUUGGGAAGAUAAGGUACUCUCCAGCGGUACACUCCUAGGACCUCCCCCAUCCACGAGAUGUACAUUUUGGUAAUUGCAAUAUUUUCAUACAUAAUGCAGCAUGUAUUCAGGUUGUGAGCUUCCUCCAUGGGCUUCUGCUCAGAACAAACCUCUCCUACUCAAGAUCGAGACCAUCGGUAAAACAGGAUGGCUAAUAAUCUUGUGUCUUAGCGGAAGCCUGUGCACAAGGCUAACCCAAGGGAUUUUGCUGCCUGAGGAGGAACAGCAAAUGUUCCCCCUCUCAAAUCAAGGUGUGUAGUACCCAAUUUAUUUUGGCAGCUGAGACAGAACAUCCUACAAGUGUGUCUCCCUAACAGUGCAGAUGCAAUUAAAUAACUAAUAACUGGCUGCCCUUACAUGACACCCAGAAUCAGCUGCCUGAGGCAGCAGUCUUGUUCUGCCAAAUGUUAGGGACGGGGCGGUUGGGUACGCUAGCUGCUUCUGGGUUCUGCUACAGUUCUUCAUUCUGAAGUACAUUUCUUCAUAGCAAAGGUGGGAGACUAUGGCACUGAGGAACAGUGGAACAGUUCUGUAGUAUGGAGCGCUAUAAGUUCCUUUGCAUGCUGCAGCAAGCACAGAAGGCAAGAUGAGAAAAGAAGACAGUACAGUUAAUAGCUUUCCCUGACUGCUCAUCUCCAGUACCCUUGCACAACUCUGGAGAAUCAAUGGGUUCCCGCCUCCCAAAUAUCUUUAGAUUACGAGUCCCUAGUGUUUAUCACACACACAUUCCAAGUAUCUGACUAUAUGUGGAGUGUCCAGGGGAGAUUGCUCAAGCCAGUUCUCUUGGCGCUCUGAGCACAGCAGGGUGCAGCCAUCUGGGGAUGGACCAAUUAGUCUAUUUCUGGUCCAUGUCAGUUUUGCAUGUGCUUAUUCAUAAGUCUGCCCUGUUUGUGCAUUAAUCUCCCCCCGCCCGCAUGCAAAGACUAUUUAAAUAUCUAUUUUGUCUUAAUAGGCGGUAUUCAACUGAGUUGUACUCAAAGUACUGUCUGGCUGUACUGCUUUCUGAAGCAAGAUUUUGGGGUUUUUUUGUUAAAGAAGUAAAUUAACCAUAACACUGUCUGCUUUAAAACACACCCCCCCCCAAACUAGCAAUAAGUAAAUUUAAUUUCACAAUGGACCUGGCAGUACUUAUUACAGAGUAACUGCAACAGUCCAACUCCAUUUAACAACAUUUAUGAGCGCCGCAACCCCAGAGUCGGUCACAACUGGACUUAAUGGUCAGGGGUCCCUUUACCUUUACCUUUACUGUACUAUGUGGGAAAGUAAGUGAGGAAGGGAAGGGAAGCAGUAUGUAAGUGACAAUUUGUGCUCAUUUUCUCAUUUUCAAUAUACCCCCCCCCCACUGUUACAGGCAAUAUUUAUACUGGGCCUGGCCUAUUCGGAUAGAUCGUAACACCUUCUUAUUUUGCAUGCACACCCUUAUUUCCUUCUAUGCCUGGAGAGCUUUUUUUGAGCAAUAAGCAUAUAAUGCUAUCCUUCUCCUGGGAUAGCUCAGUUGGUAAAGCAUGAGACUCUUAAUAUUAGGGUUAUAUGUUCGAGCCCCACGUUGGGCAGAAGAUUCCUGCAUUGCAGCAGAUAGGACAGGUGUAGGCAACCUAAGGCGCACGGGCCGGAUGUGGCCCAAUCGCCUUCUCAGUCCGGCCCACAGACGGUCCAGGAAUCAGUGUGUUUUUACAUGAGUAGAAUGUGUGCUUUUAUUUAAAAUGCAUCUCUGGGUUAUUUGUGGGGCAUAGGAAUUUGUUCAUUCCCCCCCCCCCCAAAAUAAUAUAGUCCAGCCCACCACAUGGUCUGAGGGACGGUGGACUGGCCCACGGUUGAAAAAGGUUGCUGACCCCUGGGAUAGGACAAGGUGACUGUUGUGGUCCCUUCCAACUCUACAAUUCUAUGAUUCUAAAAUGGUCUCAUUCAUGGCAACCUGCCCCAGAUAGCCCAUGAGGGUAGUCCAAAGGUCAGUUCAAAAGGUUCUUGAUUCAAUCCCCAGGAUCAUCAAUAGGUAAGAAGUACAGGAAUUGACUGUACUUCCUGCGCAUCUUUACAUACAAAUACAUUAGGCUCCAGGGUUGGGAGUUGGGCCAUUGCUUUGUCCCUGCUGAGAGACUUUUUUUUUUGGCUCCUCUCCACACACUGUUUCCACCCCAGCUGGUAUUUGGUAUGCAAACUGAGUACAGUGGUACCUCGGGUUAAGAACUUAAUUGGUUCCGGAGGUCCGUUCCUAACCUGAAACUGUUCUUAACCUGAAGUACCACUUUAGCUAAUGGGGCCUCCCACUGCCGCCGUGCCGUCGCAGCACAAUUUCUGUUCUCAUCCUGAAGCAAAGUUCUUAACCUGAGGUACUAUUUCUGGGUUAGGGGAGUCUGUAACCUGAAGCGUCUGUAACCUGAAGCGUAUGUAACCCAAGGUACCACUGUAAUUUUAAGAACUGGUGCCUGAGUUUGCUUUCCCCCUCCUCUCUCACCACCGCUUCCCCCCUUUGUUCCAUGAGAUUGUGAGGCUGAGGGCAAGGAUUGUCUAAAAACAAAAAAUCUGUAAAGUGCCCUGACAGUCUUUUCAAUUGAAAAACUGGGUAAAAAAAAUAUGUUGUAAAUAAAUACAUUAAGUUAAUUGAGCCCUGAUGCAGUUUGUUUGUUUUAAUUAAAAACCACUUUAGAAGAGGAAUUUAGAACAGAGCAUGGUGAAGGAAGAGUGGGUGCAGUACUUCGUUUCUCUGCUGUAAAUGUCUUCUACUCUCUACCCUAGGACAUAUAUAUUCUUGGAACCUCAUGGUUAAUAUAUGUAAGACACCAUCGAGAUCCAAGCCUGCUAUUAUUUAGUGAACGUUUAAGUAACAGUAUAAUAACAUAUUGCAGGAUAACUUGUGACCAAGCCUAGACUGUAGCUAAGCUAAUUCAGUGGUAUCUCAGGUUAAGUACUUAAUUCAUUCCAGAGGUCCGUACUUAACCUGAAACUGUUCUUAACCUGAAGCACCAUUUUAGCUAAUGGGGCCUCCUGCUGCUGCCGCGCUGCCGGAGCACGAUUUCUGUUCUCAUCCUGAAGCAAAGUUCUUAACCUGAAGCACUAUUUCUGGGUUAGCGGAGUCUGUAACCUGAAGCGUAUGUAACCCGAGGUACCACUGUUCUUCUCUUGUUUUUCCAUACACAAAAUGCUAGUUUGUCGCCUCUCUUCCAUUCCCAAUAGAACGACCAUAAUCGUAAAUGUUGCUGGAUGUGUUCAUGUUGCUGCUGUAGAUAAAACAUGAGAUUAGGCAUUGUUACUGUAUUUGCUUUAUUUCUUAAGGGAACCUUUGUGGUCACUUUACUAACACGCGUAUUUCAGAAGCCAGUGCAGCUGCAGUUACUGUUGAAUAAAUGAAUGCAGCAGACAAGAAGCAGAUAAGUGCCUCCAGCAGUUUGCAAUGGGAGGCACCUGCAGACCUUUGCAGGAAGAACAUAGGAAGCUGCCUUAUACAAAACCAGACCAUUGGUCCAGCUAAUUAUGGUCUAUACUGACUGGCAGAGGUCUUCCAGGGUUUCAAGCAGGAGCUAUUUCUGGAAGACAAUUUCCUUUUCAUUCUUCUUCCUAGCACUGAAAAUCUUCCAUGUAGUUUGUAUGUAAUAUUCAUGUGCUUUUUUCUGCCUGGAAUUGUUGUUGUUGUUUAGUCGUUUAGUCGUGCCCGACUCUUCGUGACCCCAUGGACCAGAGCACGCCAGGCACUUCUGUCUUCCACUGCCUCCCGCAGUUUGGUCAAACUCAUGCUGGUACCUUCGAAGACACUAUCCAACCAUCUCGUUCUCUGUCAGCCCCUUCUCCUUGUGCCCUCCAUCUUUCCCAACAUCAGGGUAUUUUCCAGUGAGUCUUCUCUUCUCAUGAGGUGGCCAAAGUAUUGGAGCCUCAGCUUCAUGGUCUGUCCUUCCAGUGAGCACUCAGGGCUGAUUUCCUUAAGAAUGGAUACGUUUGAUCUUCUUGCAGUUCAUGGGACUCUCAAGAGUCUCCUCCAGCACCAUAAUUCAAAAGCAUCAAUUCUUCAGCGAUCAGCCUUCAUGGAUCACUGCCUGGAAUUAGCAGCAUACUAAUUUUUUUACUGCAAAUAACAGCUGUUGGGAAGACUACAAGAGAGCACUUGGUAAGGAAGGGUCUGAGCUGUUUUGUCAAAAAUAAAAAACAGUACUAGAGGAAUUUGCUUUUAAAAACAUUUUGCUCUUGAUGUGUUGAGUGUUCUACUGUGUUCAGCUAAAACUAGAUAUCUGACUCUACAAUGGUAUGCCUGAUAAGUUGUUUGCAAGGGGAGCAACAAUGGAUCCACAAAUAUAAAAUAUUUCACCUGGCGUCUGACCAAGUAGCGGUGUCAAAUUGAAUUGAGAAUGGGCUUAGGCGAGUCUAUAGCCACCACAAUUCUGCAAACAUUAAUUCUGCAAAUUUCAGAAGAGUAGCCCUGUUUAACCAGCUGUAGCAAAAGCAACACAGAGACCAAAUGUGUCUUUAAGACACAUUUAUUGUGGAAUAACAUUUUGCAGACAAUACCAUGCAUCAUCCGUAAGAGGCUACGGUUCCUAGAGUGGUUUAACAAUCAAUCCCUCUUUCCAGGGAACUCUAGAAAUUGUAGCUGUGUGAGGGGAAUAGCUGUUCCCUAAUAAUUUUCUGCACCCUAAACAAGCACUCCCACAGUGCUUUGGCUGUUUAAAAUGGUAUUGUUAUAAGAAUUUUAAGGUCAUAUAUAUAUAAAAUAAAUGUUCAUAACAGAAAAGGUCCUGAACAAAUUGACCUCAAAUAUUUCUCUGCAAGGUCAAAGUGGGAAACCUCCCAAUUGCCUCUUUCCUCACAAAUCCUGUCCUCACAAAUCCUGUCUUAAGGGCACAUUCGAGAUAUGAACAGGAUGUGAGCCUGUGACCUGUGACCUAGAUUCAGGAAUUAAGUAGUUAUAAUAACAAAAGAGUGGCCAAAACCCAGAUAAUGCAAUCAGGUAACUUGCCAGACAGGAGAUAAACAAUGCACUCAGAUUUCUGUUGUAGACCGCCUUUUCUUUGAUGUAGGUAUGCUGUAUCUGGGGGGUGGUCAUGGGCUACACCCCUUCCGUGAUGUAUGUAUGAUGUUUCUGGGGGUGGUCUUGGACUUCAGGGUGGGCAAUUUAAAAUGUCUAUAUAAGGGCUUGCAUGCAUGGCUCGGGGUCCUCCUCCUAUCUCCUGCGUGUGGGGGAGCACCCUGUUGCAACAGUUAAUAAAGAUCAGACUUACUAGCUGCUUUGCUUCUCAAUAUCCUCUGGUUGGUCUCUGUUUUUUUCUUCUACUGACAGAACCUACAAAAGGACUCUAUAUGGGCUCUUGGUUACCCAAUAAGGGGAAAGGAGCAGGGUUUUUUUUACUUAUAUCAGUAUGAAACUGCUUUAAAUGUGUAGUGCAGAUGGGCUUUAGUGUUGCCUUCUGAAACAGCAGAGCUUGUUGCUGAGAUUACUGGGGUUUCCCGCCUACUGCAACAUUUCCUGUGUAUUAAUUAGAAGGCAUUGGAGACACACACACACACACACACACACACACCCCUUACAUUGCUUACGGUACAACUUGAUGUGGUUUUUUUCUCAGAACUGGAAAAUGGGAUGUGGUCCCUCCAGCACAAGCUGUGUUCCAUCCUGGUGAAACAGGAGCAGAACAUGGCACCAGAACUUCCUGAGACCCAGCUGCCAGCUAAUGCAGUACCCAUGUUGAACCUGAACCCACUGCAAAGGUUGCCAGUCCCUGAAGAGGUGAGUUUGCUGCAUCAUUGUUGUCUGCAAUAUAACAAGUUGUGCUGCAACCUAUCUUCCUGCAAGCCCUUCAUUCCAAAUGAAAGGGCUGUUAUGUGGCGGAAGAUAAAAUCUAGCUUUUUCUUAUUUUUGUUAUGACUGAUUUGAAAUAAGCCACUAAUGGAGGAAAGGGAACAGAGGACACCUAAGGCAUGUCUGGAAAGAGUGCUGACCCUCUUGCUGAUAGCUGUUAGUUCAUAUGGAAGGCCCAAAAUUAGUAGGAUCUGCAUGAAAGUGACCUGUGGCGAAAUACAGUCUAAAAUAAAAUUUAAAACUCUAUAGAGUCAAACUCCUGCACCAAUUGGUACCCUUUCCUAGCGGCACCUUCCUGCUUUUGUUCUAGGUUUAGCACUGCAGCGUUAAAUCAGUCAUGGGAGGAAACUGCCAUCCAGAUGAUGCCCUAUGAUCCUCCGAUGAAGGACGUUAUAGAAAUUUAAAUUAUUCCUUGGCUGCUUUCAGUAGUACGAGCCAGAGGGCAGCCAAACACACCCCGUGUUGAAAGCAGUGCGUUAACACGUUGUCACCAUCUGAAGAGGGCUCUGCCCAUUAAAACCAUGAAAUCUGGAUUUUAAAGUUACCUAAGUAUACCACGUAACUGCCUCUCAGGCUGGCAAAGGACCUACAGUAUUAGACCGUAACUGUCAUUGCUGGGUGCUUUGUAAGGUCAGAGGCAGCAUUAGGUUUUUCUUACAUUACCUACAACAGGGGUAAGACACCUGUAGCUCCAUAGAUGGUGUUGGACUCCAAUUCCCAUCGGUCCCAGCCAACAUGGCCAAUUGUCAGGAAUGAUAGGAGCUGUAGUCCAGUACCAUCGGGAAAACCAUAGGCUCCCCAACCCUGGCCUGCAGUUCUUCCUGUUGUCCGGACUAAAGUGAGUGAUUGCCCUGAUCUGUUGCAAAGCCUAGCGUGGGUUAUCUUCCUUUCACUUAUGGUGGGUAAGGGAAACUGGAUGCAACAAGCCAGCUACUCGAGCCAAACAUAUACACAAACUUCCUUCUCUGUUUACACAGCUUGAACUCCCUGGGCCUGCAAAUGCAGAUCCAUGUGGCGCGUGUGUGCAUUUGACAGCCAUACCAAGCUCCCUCCCUGAGCUGUGUUUACAGUAUGAGGCAGUGUGAAAUAUGUCUGUUUAAUGUUUUGUGUGUGUGUGUGCCUUUGGUGGGAAAGGGAUGCUGGUAGGAGGAUUGCAUUGGUGCAGCUGGGAACUAAGUGCUGUUCCUGUUAACUCUUCAUCUCAUUUGAUCAGAAGCAGCUGUUGAGUGGUCCUACAGAAGGCCCAGAGAACAGUAGAGGCUAUUCUCUAUCUCCAAAGGCUGUGCAAAUACUCCCAGCUCAGAUUACAACAGAUCAAAAGAGAGGGAGAGAAUGUGGAGGAAAAGUUUAAAUGGAUUUUUUUUAAGCAGCUUGAGAAGAGAGGAGGUAAUGACAAAUCUGAUUCUGUCCACAAAGUGAAUGCCACCUGCGCCGUGCACCCUGGCAGCACACCUGCAUGAUGCCCACUCUCCCUUGGCAAAACACUCUUGUUUUGAAUUGUGACUUCCCUGGAGACAACUUUAUUUUUUAAAAAAAGUUUUUGCUUGUCUUUGAGCAGCUGGCUUUUGGUAUGCAAGCUGAUAAGAUGGAGAAGAAGGGGGAACUGGAGGGCUGAGAAAUAAUUCUCAUCAAAGCAAGAAGGAUUAUGGCUGUAGUCACAGGGCAUGCUGGUAUUCACUAUAAGUUUUGUUUCAGGGCAGGUUAGCUACCAACUGACCUGCACCUUCUGCACUCUUACCAUGCAUUUAGAAGGCUCCAUAGCUCAAUGAUAGCUCAAAAGGCUUUUCAUGGACAAUACGCAACUGCUGAAAAAGUCCGGCCUCUAAUGGCUGGAGAGGUGGCAAGCGCCCAAAACAGAGGAGGCACCAGGCAGGCAAGGAACCAGCCUGGAAGUCCAGAGGGAUACUCUAGUGCAGGGUCCUCCCAUUAGUCCCAGCCAGCGUGGUCAGGCUUAAUGCGAACUAUAGUUCAGCAACAUCUGGAGGGCCACAAGUUCCCCAGCUCUGGCCUUCAGUCUUUAUAGCUGUCUGCUACAAAAUCAAAGGUGACCCUGGCCUUUGGGUUAACUUCUUUUCAAGCUGUGCAGAAUGAGGGAAAAUGACACAUACAGCAAGCGUGGGAUUGGCCCUUCAGAAUCACAUGAUUUUUCCGGAGAAUUCUGGUCCUUGGUAGCUGCAUCCCAGCUCAAAUUGCCUGCCAUUUUCUCUUCUGACCAGAGGCCCAGAUGGUGCAAGGAGCAGAGUAUCAAUGCCUGACCUUCACGGUUCCUGGGUUGAAUGCCACAGUGUCUAAUAAUUCAAGUCCCUGCAUCUGAGGAUUUCUUCUGUCCAUUGUGGUACUCACAGGAUCUGCUGCUCUCUGUGUCUACCCGUGGCACAGAAUUACAUCAUUAGAAAAAGAAGUGCAGGCCUCAGUUGCACCCAGAAGGGUGUCAGAAAUCACACCAUACCUGUGCAGAGCUGUAUGGUCUCAGAAUGAACCCACCUAUUCAUUCAUUCAUUCAUUCAUUCCUAUGGUUUCUUACCUGCCUCUCAUCAUAAAGUCCCAGGACAGGUAACAAUAAAAUAUACAAUUAAAGGUAAAGGGACCCCUGACCAUUAGGUCCAGUCGUGACCGACUCUGGGGUUGCAGCGCUCAUCUCGCUUUAUUGGCCGAGGGAGCUGGCGUACAGCUUCCGGGUCAUGUGGCCAGCAUGACUAAGCUGCUUCUGGCGAACCAGAGCAGCGCAGGGAAACGCCGUUUACCUUCCCGCCGGAGCAGUACCUAUUUAUCUACUUGCACUUUGACAUGCUUUCGAACUGCUAGGUUGGCAGAAGCAGGGACCAAGCAACGGGAGCUCACCCUGUCGUGGGAAUUUGAACUGCCGACCUUCUGAUUGGCAAGUCCUAGGCUCUGUGGUUUAAAACCAUUACAAUUAUAAAACCUGUAAAACUGACCCCAAAUGGAGCAGAAUGAUAUACAUUCAGCAGAAGAGGUGUGUCCUGCAUAAAAAAAACCUUAACUAUCAAAGGCCAGAGUAAAUGAUAAGAAGCAAAUGAUGGGCUGCAGUAUGAUGUUUUGCACCUUGUGAGUCUACAUUGCAUGGUAAAGCAACCUCUUAAUCUGCAGGGUAGAGUCAUGCAAGAAUUGCCUUUGCAAAACCAAAAUGUUGCAUUCUGUAUUCUUUCAUACAGGCUCCCAUAGAAAUGACGCCCCAACCUAUAAUCAAAGCUGAACCCAGAGAGGUGAACCAAUUUCUAAAUGUACCAACAGGUAAGAAAAUAGUUACAAGUUGCUUUCAUCAGCCCUCCAGCCUCAUUAAUUUAAAAAACUAUCUUUUGCAGAGUGGAUCCUCCACCAACCCAUUAGCACAAGCUUCUUAAGCAUCUCUCUCUCCUCCCCCAGCCCAAAAAGGUUACUAUGAGUGAUGACAGCUGUGGAUGUGUGGGAUUCAUUUGUAAUCCGCUGAUGCUGCUAAACUAACCUAAUGAGAUUGCAAGAAACAAUUGUUAACAGGGCACAAGUACUUGAGUUCUCUGAGUAUUAGUGAUUUCAUGAGUCUUGUGUCUGUGUGUACUUUCUUCAACUAGCAGUGCUAUGCCUCUCUCAGUGGGCUUUCUCAUAGUCGCAUGGCACUGACUAAACAGUGUACCUGUGAAAUGCAAAUGCCAGUGUGCCUGGAGCUUGGGAAAACCUUUAGCUGGCUGUGAAACCCCGAGAUGCCAAUGCUGUUUCUCAGCAGGCUGCUUAUUGUUUGGGGAGAGUAGCUCACCAAGAGAAAGGGUAUACAACCCCUUGCUAAACAAAACAACUAUUUUUAAAAAAACAAAAUGUAUAUACUACUGAAUUGAAAUAACACCUCUAAGUGGUUUACAAAGCCACAUUAAAAUUAUCAAUAGAAGACAGCUAAAAACAGGUGUUUUAAAACAUGCAAAGGAUAAUUGAAAUCAACAACAAGUAAAAACAGAUUAAAAUACAUGUCUAAAUAAACUUGCCUAAACAAAAAUGUUUUAAACAGGUGCUGAACAGAGAAAUACUUCUUCACAAUACAUAGAUUAUGGGAUUUGCUACCACAAGAUGUAGUGAUGACCGUUGGCUUUGAUGACUUUAGAAAAGGAUUAGGCAAAUCAUGGCAGCAAAGGCUAGCAAUGGUUAUUAAAUCAUGACAGCUAUAUUCUAUAUUGGGGAUGGGGGACCUUUAGCCCUCCAGAUGUUGUUGGACUCCAACUGCUACUGGAGUCAGUGGGAGCUGGAGUCCAACCACAUCUGGAGGGCUACAGGUUCCCCAGCUCUGUUCUGUAUUCUGUCUCUGGGAUCAGAGUCGCUAUGCCUCUGAACAGCAGCCCUGCUUCUGGGCUUCCCAUAGGCAUCUGGUUGAACACUCUGAGAAGCGGAAUGCCGGAACAGAGGGGCCUUUGGUCUGAACCAGCAGGGCUUGUCUUACAAUCAGACAUUUUGAGGGUUUUUUGUUUCAUUUUGUAUAGGACAUUUAGUGGCAAGCCAUUAGAAGGAUAUUAGCGUAUGGUGCCAGUUCUCAUGCGUCUGGUAUCACUGUAAAGGAUCUCAGUUUUGUUUCCAGAAGGGUAAUGACAUCAAGAAUGCAGCUUGGCAGUCAUUAGCACACCACAGAGGGGUCUGCUCAGAACAAAUGAGCACAUUUAUUUAUUUGCUCUAAAAUGUAAUAUCCUCCCCCUAGGCACUAAGCAUUCAUAUUCAAGUAAGCAAGCAAUGCUUCACACUAAAUAUUAGGCCCUCUUAAAUGCUCAGCUCAUUAUUUACCCUCGCAAAACAGGCGUCUUUUGAAAUGUGACUUUUAGCAAGCUCAGCAUCUUCCAUCAGCAGUCCAUUAAAUAAGGAGGAGAGGCAGCAUCUGACAAAUCCAGGUUCUGGCGGAAGGUACAAGGGGAGUAUGUUCCAGGAGACUUCUUGUUGGGACAACUCUCAUGAUAGGAAAGGAGCAAUUGAAGAAUAUAACUUGUCCAAAAGAAUGGGGGGUGGGGAGUGACUGUCACACAAUGGAAUUCAUGAUCUCAUGUAAAGUUAAAGAUGAGCGUGUUCACCUUGGGCUUCAGAAAAACUGGUUGCAAUAGGCUUUAAUGGGUAAGAAUUUAUGACUAGAGAUACCAGGGGGGAAAGGAUGCCAGGAUGGGUGGGAGUUCCUAAAGAUGGAGUUGAUAAGGCUACAAAUUAUUCCAGUGGGAGGCAUCUUAAAAAGACACUGCGACAGCACAAAAAGCUUACUGCAGAGAUGAAAAUAAAAAAGGACAUGCAUAAGCAAUGGGAAGAGGAACAGGCCACCAAGGAUGAGCAGCUCAGAUUUGUAAAGACGGCGUCAGGAAAGCUAAAUAGCUGAGGCUGGCAAGCGAGGCUAAGAGCAGCAAAAUGGAGCAGUUCUGCAGUGGAACCAAUUACUCAGAGGAGCUGGAAAGCCAUCUGUAUGCUCUACAUCCCCAAACAUUACAGAACAAAGAGUGGUUUUCCCCCACCCCCUCCAUUCCUUUCCUUGAUUCAUUUCCCCCUUUAUCUGGGUUUGAAUUCAGAUAUCCAUCUUACGGAAUUUGGUGAAUUGAUUUGUGCAUCACUGAUGGAACAGUAUGAAUGAAUGGCAAUCACAACAAAUCAUCAUCAAGAAUCCAGUUAUUUUGGUGCUUAGUCCAAGUGGCUCAAGCUUGCACCCCAGACCAAAGAUUUACUGCUGUCUCAAGAUAAUCAAAGUUUGCUUGCAUUGAUAGAGUCAUAGAGCUCACAGUACCACAUGAAAACAAGUCCAAACCACUGCACAAAGAUAGGAAUAUUAAUCUAUCAGCCCCUUGUCAAAUUGCACCAUACAAUACAGAUCACAACAUGCCCUGUGCAUAGUGGUGUGCACAGAACAAUUUGCUGCAGAUGAAUCAAGCAAAUGAGCCAAGCUGCAUAUUAUAUCAAAAGGCAACAUAUCUCAAAUAAUUAUUUCUCAUUUAGGACCUUGAUGUGCGCAACACCAAAUAUUCAUAUGAAGGCCACCAUAUUAUAUUAAGUCAUGGCAUUGAGCCAUCUAUACCAUUUAUGUUUACUUGACUGGCAGCAGCUCUCCAAGAUCUUGCUGGAAGUCUGUCUUUGUAUGGGAGCACCUUUCAGCUGGUGAUGCCAGGAACUGAACCUGGGACCUAUUGCAUAGGAGAUAAUAAAAUAUCCAGCCCACUAUUUAGCUCAAACCUCUCAUGAGCCGUAAUAUACCGUUAAUACACCAAGUUACAGGGAAUCAGGCAGAGGGCCUUCUUGGUAGUGGCACCCGCCCUUUGGAACGCCCUCCCACCAGAUGUCAAAGAGAACAACAACUACCAGACUUUUAGAAGACAUCUGAAGGCAACCCUGUUUAGGGAAGCUUUUAAUGUUUGAUGUAUUACGGUAUUUUAAUGUUUAAUGUAGUCCUCCUAGCUUAAUUUAUUCCUGCUUUAUUUAAAAAUCUGUGUUCAGUGAAAUAUUUUAGUGGUGGUGUCUUCAUGUAAUCUUCCUUGUUUUUUUAGGGUCAUGGGUUCAAUCCCUACGUUGGGCAAAAGAUUCCUGCAUUGCAGGGGGUUAAACUAGAUGACCCUCGCAGUCUCUUUCAGGCCUAUAAUUCUAUGAUUCUCCUAAUAUGCAUUGUCUCUUUCUUACUGCCUUGUUGUUCCCAGAACAGUUCUAUGUCUCAAUGUCACCCGAAAACACUCCUUUGUUCCCACUCUUCUCCCAUCAAAUACUUUCUCUCCUUCGCUGUCCAUGACUCAGUGGGCUGUUACUGUCUGUUAACCUCUGCUUUCUAUCUCCUGCAUUAGAUGACCUGGUGCAGAUGCCACCGACUCCUCCCAGCAGCCAUGGCAGUGACAGUGACGGAUCUCAGAGCCCAAGAUCCCUCCCUCCCUCCAGCCCAGUCCGCCCUACUGCACGCUCCUCCACAGCAAUCUCUUCUUCUCCUCUCCUCACAGCACCACAUGUAAGCAGGGAGCUCCUGUCAUGAAUCAUAAGGCAUCUCCCGGCUUGGAGCACAAGGUUCAGGGUGGCUUUUGGCAGUGACCCCCUAAUAAGGUGCACAACGGGAAUGUGUGACGGGUCAGGAUUGUAACAAGGAUGGAGGAGAAAAUAAAAUGAUUUGCAUUUUAAGUGUGAACUUUCCUAAUUUGCACUUUCUGAACCAACGCACAAACAGAAAUGCGGCUGCCCUUCGAAAUUCACACUCCUCAGAAUUUUGUAAUGGGAGUUCUCCCAACAAAAUAUGCAUUUUAAAAAUUGUGCAUAGUAGUUAAAAUAUUGUGCAAAAAAUCAAGAAAAUUUGCUUGCAGAAAUGCAUAUACAGUGGUACCUCUAGUUACGGACUCGAUCCAUUCCGGGGUGCCAUUUGCACCCCGAAAAGUCCAUAACUAGAGUGCCGCUUCUGCGUACACACGCAGCACAAUAGAGUGCUUCUGCUCAUUUAUGAAGCACACAGACCGCUUCUGCGCGCGCACGUGUGGCAAAACCCAGAGGUAUACACUUCCGGGUUUGCUGCGUUCGCAAGCCGAAAAGACGCAACAUGAACCCAACACAACACGAGGUAUGACUGUAGUAGACAAAAGUACAUUUAAAAGCACACAAAAAAAUUGUAUGAUUUUUUGUGCAAAAUGUUUUUUUUAAUUGCAAACUAAUGUAGAAAUGGGGUAAGCUGGACUUAAGAUUCAUCCAUCAGCAUGAUGCUGAAAUAAUCCAUAACUACUGGCAAAGGAGCUAUUUUAAGGCACUUACUUAUUAUUCAUAUUCAUUUCACUUCUAUAUCGCUUUAUAUCUUUAAGGGGGGAAAUCGCAAAGUGGUUUACAAUAUUAAACAUUAAAACAUCAAAUAAAACAUAACAGAAUAAAACAAAACAGAAAAAAGUUAAACAUAAAGUAUACAUUCAAAGCAACAUAAUUGACAGGAAACUAAAAUCUUACCUUAAAGAUUUCAGAAUAAAACAUUACAAUGGAGGUAAAGUAUAGAAUGCACAUUUAACGCAGUAAAUUUUUUUUUUUAAAUAUCUAAAACAUUUCUAAAGAAAACGUUACUAAAGGAAGUCAAAUAUAAAAUGCACAUUUAAAACAGCAUAGUUAGCAAGAGAGUAAACUAUUGUCAUAAACAUAGAACAUAUCUGGCACAGUUGCUGCCUAUCCUGCCAAUCCUGGUUCAUGGCAGGCAGCGUCUGUGGAAGCUCAGGCUCCAUGACCCAGCUCUGUGCUAGGAGACAAGCAGGAGGCAUUUACACUGACCUCUGCCACACGCAUGGGGGAUUUUUUUGUUGCCUUAGAUUUUACAGUUCUCAGAUUGCCUGGAGAGUUGGAGUCACGAUGCAAAGCCAUUAAUGUAACUUAUAGUUAGGCCUCUUGGGUUGUGGUAAUGAGGAAUGCUGCUCCCCGCGCAAAAAAGCAGUAUAUCAACCCCAAAUUUCAAGCGGUACAAUAGUGACUUUUGGGGCAAGGUCCUUCUUUUUGCAGGGGAAAGUUAGGGAUGGGAUUGUUGAUAUGAAUUCUGAAAAUGUUGCUGCUUUUCCUUUUCACUUACAGAAAUUACAAGGGACCUCGGGACCCCUGCUCCUAACCGAGGAGGAGAAACGUACCCUGAUUGCUGAGGGCUAUCCCAUCCCAACCAAGCUGCCUCUCACCAAAGCAGAGGAGAAAGCACUGAAAAGAGUUAGACGAAAGAUCAAGAACAAGGUCAAUAAUUCCACUGAAUUGGGAAAAAUCAGGAGUGUGUGUGUGUGUGUGUGUUUGAUUAAUGUGAUCAUCCUUCUUUAACUUGCUGCCUCAUCUGAGGUUCUCCGGCUAAAAUUAAAUCUGUGUAGUGAUAGGGCUUUGAAUGCUGCCAUAAGCUUUUUAGAUCUAGAACUUGAAGAAGUUUUUUUUAAAAAUAACCAUCAAGGGCAUUUUCAACAUCGCAGUUUUUGAUGAGAAGGAUGAUUUAUUUAGUUGUUCAUUCUUGCUCAGGGGGACAGGGCCCUGCCCUGCUGAGCUUACAAUCUAAAAAUUGACACAAGGGUGAGAGCAGAUAAAGGGAAGGGAAAUAGAGGCCGAGAUAAAUUGGGAAUUGGGAUGCAGUUGUUUCUAUUACAAGGUCUUUGCCUUAAUCGUGAACGUCAUAAUAUUGGGACAGGAGACAAUAUAUCCCUUUGUAAGUCAAGACAAGGGCCUGUUUCGCACAUCACACUAAGCUGAACCGUGGCUUAGCAUGAGCGCAUGAGCAUGCAGACUUUCAACAAGGAAAUGGCAGCUUUUUCACUCUUUCCUAGUCGUUCUGCUGCUGUACCGUGCUGAGCUAAGCCAUAGUUUACCAGUAGUCCUGCAUGUUGUUGAAGCCCAGGCUCAUGGUUUAACUCUCUCCAAACUAACCACAGCUGUAACUAAUGUUUGUCCUAUGGUUUGUGCUUUUUUGUGAGAACUAAAACACGGGCCUGAGUUUGCAUGACAUGCUAAGGCAAACAAUGACUUAUCUCAGCAUGGCACAGCAGCAAAGGAAGCUGGAAGGAGCAAAGCUACUGCAAUCUGCGCUCUGGGAGUCAUCAUGCUUAAUUGUUUAUUUGUCCUCUUGUCCCAAUAUUAUGAUUUUCAUGACUAAGACUCGGCCCAUAUAACUGAAAGAACCUCCUCUCCUGGAGUCUUGUGUUUGCACUGAGCCACGGUUUGGCCUAGCGUGAUGGCAGCACGUGGGCCUUCUAGCUGGAGAAUUUGGAAAAGUAGACAUCCCUUCUUUCCCCCCUCCCCCCCACAUUCCUUCAUUAAUAUAUUUAAAAAGCUUUGAAGAUCAGUAUAAAUGCACCAUUCCAUCAAAACUGCUUGCAGCAUACUACCCAUUCCCUUGUAACUUUGUAGCAUAAUGGGCCUCUUGAGUCGUCAGUCUUAUCAGCUAAUUGCCCAGAAAGAGUUCUUUCUCACCCAGGUGAAUGAGCAAGCAAAUGUCUGUGGAGUGAUAUGAAAUACUAACUGUGGAUCCCCACUCAAUGUAAGUUCCCAUAUUACGAGCCCACAGUAUGCAUUAGUCACCUGUUGUGACUCAGACAAAAAUACAUCCCACUUGGCCCAAGUGAUUCAGCCACUUUGGGAAAUUCUGAUCCACAAAGAAGUUGUCAUAGCCCUUGCUUAUAAGUUGGUUUGCAUUCUGAUCAUAACAUUUGAUUCAGCAACAUGUAAGUGUUUAGAACAGGAUAGGGUGACCUCAAAAAACACUGUAUCAUGGCGUCCCAGGCAAGGUAUCUUAGAGCAAAUGUUUAGGGACAGGGCGCCAGUCCUAUUAAAGUAAAUAGCACAAGGAGAAUGGUUCAAGUUCAGUAACAUUAAUGUGGGUUGUCAGUUCAGUUUAAUAGAUCAUAUAUGAAGUUGCCCUCCACUGAGUCAGUGUAUUGCUCCAUUUAGCCCAGUAAUGCUUACUCUGGCUGUCAGGAGAUCUCCAGCCCUGAUAGAGGCAUAAUUUUUCAACUGGAAAUUUCAGGAACUGAGUCUGGGAACUUUGGUGUGCAAAGCAUGAGCUUAGCCAUGCAAACACAUGAAGAUCCUUUGCAUACACCACCAAAUCAUUAGUCCACCCAGCUCUGUGUUCUGCUAGGGACAACCAUCCAGGGUCUCAAGCAGAGGAUUUUAUUUAUUACAGGGGAUUGAAUCUGGAACCUUAUGCAGGCAAAGUGUGUGUACUCUACCUCUAGCCUACGGGCCUUCCCAGAUUGUGACACAGCAGCCAAAUUAGGGCUGAUCAACUGGACAGAGUAGGAAACCUUAAGAGCACACCAUACUUUUUAAUGCAUCUUUUCUUGGAAGACCUUCUGAUUAUGAUUAUGAAAAUAGGCAAUCGGGAUAUAAAUUAAUAAAUUAAUUGUUGUCGUGUGCAUCUCCCCAUGACCACAGUGGGCAAGUGACAUAGAAGGAGCACAGAAAGCAGAGGUCCAGCUCACAUGCAGUUUCCAUUUCAGCUGGCGCAAGAACAUGUGAAAGUGCUCUGGGGAGUUAUGUAGUGACAGGAGGCCUGCCUCAGGGCCAGACUAGAUAUGACACAGAAAAUCUAUUUACAGGUUAUCUUCUGUGUGUGUGUGUGUGCGUGUGCGUGCGUGCACGCGCACAAACACACACAAUUUUUAAUUUAAAAGAGCAGCAGGGUUCUUAUGUGAGAUUGGGGCUGUGAUGCUGGGAGGGGGGUCUUUAACUCUUUACUCCCAUGCCAUUCCACAAAUUUAUAUCACACACAAGGUAACCAUUGAUGGUUUUGUCCAGAAAAGGGAACAGGGCCUUGAUGUGGGGUAGAAAGGGUUAACUCUCCCAAGUGCUGUGACCCUGAUCCAAAUUGGGCUUCUCCAUGGCUGCUUUUAAAUUCUAAAAAAAAAACAACCCCGAAAUGUGGGUGAUGCUGAUCACAUCACAUUUAGUUUGACUUUGACCCCUUAGAACAGCCUUCUCUACCCACGUACUUCCUAGAUAAAUUAUUAUUAUUAUUGGAAGUUUUCAAUGUUUGAUGUUUUUACUAUUCGAUUGGAAGCCACCCAGAGUGGCUGGGGAAACCCAGCCAGAUGGGCAGGUUAUAAAUAAUAAAUUAUUAUUAUUAUAAUUAUUAUAUUAGCUGUUUUGGACCUCCCAUCAUCUUUGACCAUUGGUCAUGCUGGCUGGGGCUGAUGGGAGUUGUAGUCCAAAACACCCAGAAGGUGCCACAUUGGAGAGUUACUAUAUGGGAAUUGUUCUUCAGGAGGUUACAUUAGCAUUUCUAACGUUGGUAUUCCUCAUUCCUUAGAUUUCUGCACAGGAGAGUCGCAGGAAGAAGAAAGAAUAUGUGGAGUGUCUAGAGAAAAAGUAUGUUCUUCUCUCUGAGCUUCCAUGCUACAUUAACUCUGGAUUUGUAAGAUCAGUAGUUUCUUUUGUACUUGGCAGCAUCAUGAGAAUUACUGGAGCAUCGUGACCCUCUUGCAGAAGUGGCACAUUCUCUUAAGUCUCUUCCCUAAUGCGUCCCUGCUUUAGGAAAGAGUCGUGCUGUUGACAAAGUCUUGAAUGUAAUGAUUCAAGAAGUCCACCUGCUACCCAGAGAGUAAGAUGCACAUCUAAUAAAUAAAUGCAUGAAACGAUAUGUGCUUAACAAUAUCACUUAAAUCGAACGUUUCACCAUGUAACAAUUAUGUAAAUGAAACUCGAGUGUCAAGGGAGAAAGAUUGUUCUCCACCAGCCUGUUCAAAACCACUUGAGCUUUUGGUGUGCUUUCCGAAGCACUGCAAAUAGCUUAAUAAAGAUGGAAGGAGAAACCAGAGUUGUUAUAGCACAAAUUCCUUAGUUCCUGUUCCCAUGAAAGGAAUUUGCUGCUGGGCGAGAUGUCCUUGAAUCUGUGUCCUUGAAUUCAAUAACAAAUGUGCUAUUCUUCGUGGAUAGCCUGGUACCACCAUCUCACUGAUCCUCAUCCUUGAAAAAGGGAGUGGGAGGAAGAAGCAUGGAUCAGUGAAUGCGGCAGUAGCUUUUGUUACAAUAAGCAUCCAUGAAGCUUACUGGAUGACUUUGGGUCAGUCACCAUCUACUUAGCCUAACCUACUUCUCAGUUCCAUAGUGAAGGUAAAUGCAAUUAGAAUUGUAAAGAACUUUGUACAUAGAAAAAUGCUAUAUGGGAGAUAACAAUAGUUUCUUGCAACAUGUUCUGCACAGGGGGCACCAUGUAAAAACAGCAGGAAUACUGUACACCUUGAUAUUACCAUUAAUGGUUGUUUCUUAUUGCAUUUUGUUUGUUUUGUUGUGAACGGCCUUGGAUCCCCCACCCCCAGUUGAAGGGUGGCAUAUGAAUCUGAAUAAGAAAAUAUAAAAUUAUACUUCCUACAAACAGGGCUUAUUCAGCCCUGAUUUCUGUGUUUACAGCUGCAGGAUUGGUUUAAGGGUUGCCAUAUGUCCUCUUUUUCCAGGACACACCCUCUUUUUCAUGCAUUUGUAAAAUGAGAGUUGUCAAAGUGAUUCAUAGUUAGAAGUAGAAGUUGGCAAAUGUGUCCUCUUUUUUUGCUCUUCAAAAUAUGGAAACUCAAUAUGCUCAAACUGUCUUGCCCUGGUGAGCAACCUGGCAACUGAAUUCUGCACUAGCUGAAGUUUUGGAACUGUCUUCAGAGACAGCCCCAAGUAUAAUGCAUUGCAGUAAUCUGGGUUACCAGAGCAUAGACAGAUGUUAGGCUAUCCCUGCUCAGAUAUGGGUGCAGCUGAGCCACCAGUUGAAGCUGAUGGAAGGUAUUACAUGUCACUGAGGCCACCUGAGCCUCAAGCAACAGCAGUGGACUCAGAAGAACUCCAAAGCUAUGUACCUUCAGAGGGAGUGAAAUUUUAUCAACAGCAGACCACCUUCCAUUCACCUUUUCUAGGGAACCAUCCACUAAUAAUGCCUAAGUCUUAUCUGGAUUGGCUCUCAUCCAGUCCAUAACCAACGCAAGACAAUGGUUCAGCACAUCCACUGCCACCCCUGCAAAUGUAAAGGAGAAGCAGAGCUGUGUGCCAUCAGCAUAUUGCUGACAACGUACUCCAAAAUUCUGGAUGACCCCACUCAGUGGUUUCAUGUAGAUAUUAAAUAGCAUAGGAGAUGAAAUCCAACCCUGAGUAACCCCACAGUGAAGGCUCCAUGGGGCCAAAUAGCACUCCCCAAGCAUCACCCUCUGGAAAUGACCAUUCAAGUAGGACUGGAACCACUGCAAAGCAGUGCUGCCCACCCCAAACCUAAACCCAAACCCAAACCCUGACAGCCACUCCAGAAGGAUACCAUGAUUGAUAGUAUCAAGAGCUGCUGAGAAGUCAAGGAGAAUUAACAGGGACAUGUUUCUCAUCUCUCUCCCAACAGAAGUAAUCACACAGGGCAACCCAAGUAGUUUCUGUACCAAAACCAGGCCUAAAACGCCAUUUGAAAUGGAUCUAGAAAAUCAGUUCCCCCCAAGAGUUAAAAAAAAGUGUUUCUUGUUAUGCAAACAGCAUCUAAGGGAAAUUCUGAGCAGCCUUGGGACUGGAGUGGGAAAGGAAGGUUAACUCUCUCUCUCUCUCUCUCUCUCUCUCUCUCUCUCUGCCACAGUCUUGAUAAAAUUGCGUUUCCAAAUAUGUUAUUUGCAUUUCAAGGAUCUCCAGAGUGACACCAGUGCAUCUUCUCUUGAAAUGCAAAUAGCAGCAGCAGGGCUAUAUGCACCUGAAAGUAAAUCCUAUUUAACCUAAUGGGGUUUUACUUAUGAGUAGGCACGUGUAGGAUUGCGAUGUCAGAGAAGCUAUUUUGUCAGGACCAUUAUAGGGACAGAAGGAGUUAAAGUUCCCCCCUCCUUUAACAGUUUAGGGACUUCUGAAGCUUGCUUGCUGCUGUUAUUUACAUCACAAAACUGUGAAUGUUAACAGCAAUUCAUUGCUGCAUCUAGGUUGGCUCUUAAGGAUGAGAUUUUGGAGGUGGGUGUGGAUCAGGCUGAUGGAUUGCUUUAUUUUUAAUAUGGGGCUUGUUUUUACUUCUCCAGGGUUGAAAGUUAUACAUCUGAGAACAAUGAACUGUGGAAAAAAGUAGAGACCUUAGAAAAUGCAAACAGGUGAGGAGAACCCACAUUUGAUCUUUGACUGAAGCAUGGUGCCAAGCAAAGGGAGGUCAGGGGAAGGCUGGGAAUAAAAAGAGAAGAGAUUUCUUGGCAGACUUUGGCUUACCCCGAAGUAUAACUUUUUCAUUUUUCCAGCAGCAGCAGCAGCAGAUAGUCAGCUGGUUUUGGUUAGCAAAUGAGGAAUGUUUGUGUUAUGACAGCCAGGAAGGAACUUUUGACAAAUGGAGGUGCAGAUGGGGGCACCUCUGAGUGGACCAUUUCCUGCCUCUCUCUCAGUAGCCUGCCUGGCCUUGGGACCAACUGGCUGACAGCUGAAGUGAAAUUAAUCGUAGAUUGGUUUCUAGGGAGAGUGCUUGCCAAGGUCAGGUAGGUAUAAGCCGGAAUCAUUAUCCCGGGAAGCAUUAUGUAUAGUCAAGGGUGAGGAACAGGCCAUGGUGAACAAGAGUCAGCGACCAGGACGAGGGUUCAAUGGGGCUGAGUUGAAGGGAGCAAGGAAGUCAGUCCUGGCUCAGUCCCUGAGGUUCACCAGCCAAAUGUCCAGAUUAGAACCUGAUCUCUUGAAAGGGUUUUACGGAGGGCGGGGGGCGGGGGAGGGAGGCAAAAAACACAACCAGGUGAGCUCAGAGCCAAUCAAGAUGCCUGAAGGAACAGGGAACUGUGUGGAGUUCUACUUUUUCCCCAGGCCUUCUAUGCUGACUGAGUGGUUGAGGCCCUGGCCUUUGGUUACAUUAAAUGAAACUCUCUUCUAUGUUCUUUGAGGUGCAGAGAGUGUUACCUAAAGACAUGAAAGCUUAGAAAAGAGUCUAGCAGCUACAUAGAGCAGUUUUAAGGGAGUGCUUAUGGCAGGCCUGUUAGCAACAAAUAGGCUGGGAACAGAAUGCUAAACUGCUGCCCCCAAAGGCCACAUCUGCGUGUAAAGCACAUGGCUUCCUCUUAAGAAUCCUGGGAACUGUAGGUCUGAGAGGGGGAAAGUACAGUUCCUGGGAUUCUUUGGCGGAAGUCAUGCACUUAAAAUAUGUGGUGUGGAUGUGAUAGCUCCUUAGUCCAGCAGACUGACACCAGCUUGUGCGUUUCCCCCUCUGUUCAUAAUCUGGGGGAGAGUUGUCUCUGUACGGUUCUGGUUUAGGUUUUGGUGUGGUGCCACCCCCUCCAAGGCAUCACACUUGCCAUAACAAAGAAGCAGAUAUCGCCUCUUGCCGUGAGCUGGGCUUCUGCCUGAAGAAUCCUUGAGGCCCCUUUAUUCCCGUCUGGCAGAAUCUCUGUCCAAGGAAUUUGUUUCCUUUGAUGCUUAUGGAGAAGACAAAAUAUCCGCUUCAUGUAGCAAUGGGAGAAGACAACAGGAGGGACCGGGAGUUUUGCCUAGCCUCCCAUGAAGGGCCAAAACAAAACGAAGUCACAGCACAUAAAACAUAUGCAAAAGACAGCAGGUUUGGGGGCAACACCUUCACAUCCUAAACUAGGCUACUGUGCUCUACUUUCACUCUUUUUCUCCACGCAUGCCCACAGGCCAGGGUCACACGAAUAGCUUUUGCAGCUUUACAAAUGUAUUAUCCACACCAAGAGGUACUGAGAAGGAAGAAGGACCCAGGAGUACAGAUUUUUCUUUAUAGAGGAUUAACUUUCUGUCAGGGGAAGACAAUGUGGUGCCAUCGAGAUAUUCUGGAUAACAGCUCCCAUCAUCUCCAGCAUAGCUGACAGUCAGGAAUGAUGGGAGUUGUGAUCCACAACAUCCAAAGGGAACCACAUUGGCUACUCCUGGUCUAGGUGAGCAAUGCAGAAACAUGAUCUGGUCUUCUCUUUACAGCAUUCCCGUUAGUCACAAACAGUAUGGGCUUAUGUGCCCUCUGAAAUGCACCCAAGUUUCAUCUGUGGGCAGAAUUAAGGCAUUCCUUUGUGAGCAGCAUAUGUAUGAAUAGUGCAGGAAUAAAGCAUCUCUAGAGGAGCUUCCCAGAAUGGUUUGCUUAAUGUCCUUUGUAAUCAGCCUUAGAUGCUGCCUUUCCAGGCUCUUUCCAUCAGGCACAGAGCUUUCUGUAAUCUGCAAGACUUCAACCAAAUGGGGGAAACUAUCAUCAGUGACCCUGUUAUCCAGGACCUAUCCCCUCACUUAAUCUUGCCAGCACACUUGACCUUGCACUUGAGCUCCCUGCCCUCAUUCAGAGACUCUUUGUCACACUCAUUUCCUUUGAUUGCCUAACAGCAGCUUCUGACCCUACCUUUGUGGCUUGAUGCUGCUCCCUAGAGACCCUGGAAGUGUUGAGCAUAUUCUCGGCUUCUCAGUAGCUAAAGUAGCUAGCUAUGUUGGUGGUUGGUGACUGCCAUCUGCUGGGCAAUUUAUGAACCCUUGUGUUCAGUUUAUGAACCCUUUCUCCUAUGAAUUCUGGAGUUCCGUUUAUUGUUGGUUGUAUUUGGAAUAAUAGAUCUCCCCCACCCGUCUCACUCUUCCUUCCUCUCCUGUUUAUGUGCAUCAAAGCAGUUAUUCUGAAAUGGUUCCCAGGUCUACGUACUCUAAUCCAGCUCUAGUCUGAAUCCAUGGUUCACUAUGUGCAGCAGUAAUUAUGUCACCACCCCAAACUGUUCACGCUGUUCUUUUAAAAGAUAGCAGCUACUGGAAAAAUAAACAACCCCAGCACUAUACCUAUGGACAAAUGAAGUUUUCAGGCAUUAAUCCCAAAGGAUAUCAACAUUUUUGGGGUUUAACAAAAAUAGGCAAAUGUGCAAACCCUACCAUGGUAGAGCAGUUUGUAAGAUAGUCUCCAUGUUUAAUGUUGAAAGGGUCUGUAAAUAGGUAGCAUUAGCUAAAGGAGCAUCUUAUUUGCAUGACUCGUUCAUAUAAGUAUUCUUCUGACAUGCUUACAUCUUCAGCAGAACAUUUAAUUGAUUUUUACAUUUCAUAUCUUACAUUGUGAAUAUACAGCAUAGCUGUCAACUUUCCCCCUUUUUUAAGGGAAAUCCUAUUCGGAGUAAGGGAAUUUCCCUUUUUAAAAAAGGGAAACAUUGUCAACUAUGAUAUACAGUAGUAUUUCUGGAAAAAAGAACAUUGAAAGUAUUAAGCUCAGGGUGAACCACCCUGAGACCUCCAGGUAUAGGGCGGUAUAUAAAGUCAAUAAAUAAUAACAAUAAAUAAUAAUUAAGUUUCUGAAUUUGUAAUGUCUUUGGAUUUCUUUCUGUUUCUUUCUUUCUCUGAUUAUUUUUAAACAGUUUCUUUUAAAUGUAAAAAAUUGCUCUCUCAUAGGACUCUCCUCCAGCAACUACAAAAGCUGCAAGCUCUGGUAGCAGGGAAAGUUUCUAGGCCAUAUAAAAUGGCUUCCACACAGACAGGGACCUGCUUGAUGGUAAGGUCUGCAUGCUAUCCAUUCUUUGGUUACUUAAGCUUUAUUUCUUCGUUAUGUACAUAUAUCUCAUUUUUCCCCCAGGUGGUCUUCGACUUGGACAGUGUUUAGGCCAGAUUUGUAGUUUGUCUCCCCCAGACAAACCCAAGAGUGGUAAUCCAAGAAGAAACAUUUGUUACAGUUCAUGUUUUGUUUGGAGUGAGACAAAUCACAAGUCCUGCCGGGGGGACAGGGAGGUGUCAGCCUUCUAUGGGCAAGAAUGACAUGUUUUAGUUUAGUGGUCUCUGAAUUUUGUUUCUCCUACUUUUCUUCUAAAUGUGGUUAAAGUGUCUGCCUAGGACCAGGGACAUCCAGUUUCAAUUCCCACUCAGCCACUAAGCUCACAUUGGACCAAUUACUUUUUCUCUGCCAAUUCUACCUCACAGGGUUGUUGUGAGAAUAACCGGGGGUGGGAGGGUCAUGUAUGCAGCCCAGAGCUCAUUGGAGGAAAGGCAGAACAGAAAUGGUGUAAAUAAUUUGUUUUAAAACCUGAAUGUAAUACUUACAUUCAGAUGUCAGGUGGUUUGGUUUGCUUGCAAGUAUCAUAAUGGCAUUUGGGAUUUUAAUGGAAUAAGUACAGUGGUACCCUGGUUUACAACCAUAAUCCGUUCUGGAGGUCCGUUUGUAAACCAAAACAGGUUGUAACCCAAGGCGCGCUUUCGCCAAUGGGGCCUCCCAAAAAAAAUUAGUCGUAAUCCCCCCAAAAUGGGUUGUAAUCCAAAAUAAGGUUGCAAACCGGCACACGCACUUCCGGGUUUGACGUGUUUGUAAUCCAAAACGUAUGCAAACCAAGACAUAUGCAAACCAAGGUACCACUGUACACACAUCUAAACUAAAUACUAAAGUAAAUAUGUGCUUAAUAACUGAAUUCUGUUGAUUUUCACAGUACUGUAAUAGUUUAUGAUUUCCUUCUUUUCUCCUCAGUUGACCUGUGUGAACUCAUGUACAUAUCCACACCCUGUUUGUUGACUGCACUGACUAUUUCUGCCAUAUCUGCUCCACAGGUCCUCGUUUUGUGCUUUGUUCUGGUUCUGGGUUCCCUAAUGCCGUGUCUCCCAGAAUUCUCUUCAGCAUCGCAGACAGUAAAAACAGCUCCAACAUCAGACAUAUACACAACCAGUAAAAGUGAGUCACAUGUGAUCUAAUUGUUACUAAAGCCCUCUUGAAGAGCCAGAACUAACCCAAGUCACUGCUGAAUCCAGCCAGCCAUUUCCUCAAAUGGUGCAGAUUAUCCUUCUGUCUUAAUGGUAGCUCUAGCCAAGGCUGCAUAUGUACCAUUCAUUUAAAGCACAUGACUUCUUCCAAGGAAUCCUGGGAACUGUAGUUUAAGGAUGCUGGGAAUUAUAGGCUUGUGAAAGGCAAACUACUGCUCCCAGGAUUUUUUUGGUGGAGACGAGCUUUAAAUGUAUGGUGUGUACACAGCCAGUCUUGUCCCUGUGGUUUGUUUUAUUCACAAGAGUGUAUCAUUUGAACAGAGCAGUGUUUCCCAAGCUUGGGUCUCCCACUGUUUUUGGACUACAAUUCCUAUCAUUCCUGACCACUGGUCUUGCUAGCCACGGAUGAUGGGAGUUGUAGUCCAAAACCAGCUGAUGGCUCAAGUUUGGGAAACACAGAUUAGAGUGAUGCAUUGCUCUUGUUUCCUGAGUGACGUUUCCUCCAGAGCUGCUUGCUCCAGUUUAUUCUUUACAUGGUCCUGUGGCCUAGCUGUACAGUAAAGCCUCAUUUGACUUUUAAAGGAUUCAUUCUCCUUCCCUUCCUCAUAGAUGCUUCUUUUCCUGUUCCUCCCACCAUGGGAAGUAAACCAAUUAGCCAGGAAGUCUCCCUGACCUUGGAAGAUAAAACCCAAAUUCAAAUAAACAUGUGAUCUUCCAGUUCAUUUGUUCACUCUCAGCCCGCCUUUAAAAUUGUGCUGAGAGUUAUUAGGAGACGCCUACUCACAAAGCUGCAACCCCCAGAGGUCUCUGGGAAGAGACAUUGCUUGUUAAACCACUCUGAGAAUUGUAGCUCUGGAGGGGAAUAGGGGGUCUCCUGAUAACCCUCUGCACCCUUAACAAACUACAUUUCCCAGGAUUCUUUGGGGGAAGCUAUGAUGGUUUAAAGUGGUAUGAUACUGCUUUAAAGUGCAAAUGGGGCCUAUAUCUGUCACUCCAACUCAGCCCUCUGAUCUAAAAUCCUUCUUUGGGCUAAUGAGUCUCCUUAACACACACGGCAAGACAAGCUGGAAACAAGGGCCUGGUUCCCACAUAAGCCUGUGGGCUGUACCACUUUAGAUUGUACAAUAAGUGUACUUGGGAGGGUGAAAUAUACUCAGAGUUGCAAAGUGAUUUCAUGCUCUUUAUUCAGCUCAUAGUGGUGAGGAGGAAUGAAUGAAUGUCCCCUCAAAGUAUCUGCUUUAUAUACAUUAUUUACACAAUGGGCUGCACAUGAUUGGCUAAUUCCGAAUUCUACUGUAAGCCAAUCAGGUUGUGGAUUCGCUUCUAUCUGGAGAAUGAUUGGGUGGUUCCUGCCAACCAAUCAUACUGCUGCAUUGUUCUAGGACCAAUCAGACAGCUGCAUUCUGAAUCCUAUUGUUCUAGGACCAAUCAGACUGCUGCGUUUUGGAUCCUAUUGUUCUAGGACCAAUCAGACUGCUGCAGUUUGGAUCCUAUUCAACUCAGUACAUAACAGAGGGGGAUUGAUAUUAUGGAAUGCUUCUCCAUUUUUUAAAAGUCCUGUAAAUAGAGAGGUAGCUUGCCAAGGAGAAACACCGGUCAGUCUCAUUGUCCAUUGAGCCCUCACAUAAGGCAGCUUCCUUUGUCACUCCCUGACCACACUAGCUUUCUCCUUCAUACAAAUUUCCUCUUUGUGGAAAAUUAGAUGUCAUGGAAAAGGGAGCACAUAUUUUGCCUGCUUAAAGUCCCUCAUGUAGCACAGUCAGCCAUAAACCUGACAGUAUCAAUAUUUCUCGGCCUAAUCUAUCACAGAAGGUUGUUGUGAUUCCCUACUGGUGCCAGGGAAUCUUGUAUGCUGCUCUUAGCUCAUUGGGAAAGGAUGGGGGGAAAUAUUAAAUAAGUACAUAAGAAUUAUUUAUUCCGUUCCUACAGUCUGAAAUGCUACAGUCCAGACACUGGCUUACCAACCUAUCUGCUGUUCAUGAGCACUAGGUCUAAGUGCUUCCUCAUCUCAGUUGAGCUAGCAUUUUGAAAUGGGGGGGAUUUAAAAUCUCCAAUAACUUCCUAACAGCUGGUACCCUUUUGUUGUAUACGGCCAUAGGCAGGAUGGUCUGCUUUAAAGCCUGGCAGCAUGGAGGCCACAACCAGACCAAAGUUGUUUGUUUAUGGCUCAGCCAACACUCAGUAGGGAGGCAGCUGCAAUGUGUAUAUUGGCCCUUGGGUAGCCAGACCAGCUGAAAGCCUUGAAGGGAGGAAGAAUAGCUCUCUCUCUCUCUCUCUCUCUCUCUCUCUGUCUCUCUCUCAGAACAGAUGGCCUGUUUUAAAGCCCUCAAGCAGUUGGGAUAGUCUGUUUUAUAGCCUCAGUGGCAGUUUUAGUAGUGCUUUUUCCUUAUUGCUUUUGUAUCCCAACUAUCCCUUAAAAAGCUGGAACAACAUAUGUAGGCUUCCCAUUCAAACACUGAUCAGGCUCAGCUCUGUUUAAAUACAGGCAUGGGGCGGUGCAGAGGAAGGACUUUAUUUGCUCCUUAAAGGUACAGAUGUCAUGUUCAAAGAUGCUGCCUUUCACUGCACGUUCUUGGCCCAAACAAAGCAGCAGCCUAUAAAUCACAGCUUCUGUGUGGCAACUUCACUCUGUAGCAGCCACCAAGAAUCUCUGGUAUUGGCCUGGUAUAUUCUACAUACAACAUCCACAUGGAAGUAACACUGCACAUCAUGACCACAGUGUGAAGAAGUUGUUACCAUAAGGGUGUUGUUUUGCAAUAUGCAGACUUGGCCUGCAAUAUGCAGACUUGGCCCCAACUCUGGUGUCAAAAGGGUUCCGCUAGUGGUCAGAAAACAUUUUCACAUAGUUUUGGGAUGUAUUAUGAUCACAUGACACCAUUUUAUGAAAAAUAAAUGUUGGCUCCCACAGCUGGAUUUUAGGAAGAAGUGUUUUUGUUUCUUUGUCCUGAAAUUAUGGGACCUGAAAGUGGAACUAUAUGGGUCUCCUAUGAAAACACACCCACUGAAUUCACUCUAGUGAAUAAUAUUGGGCAGGUAUCCGACAACCAAGUUUUCUUACAGUUGCCACUUUUUUCUGGCCUGGUUUUUAGCCUCAAAGAACUGCAUGACAGGCAGUGCAGCUUUUACUCCUAUGGAGAUGCAGCAGGUGAAUGCCUCACCUGCUAGAUUUCUGUUUGCUGUGUAGCUGUUGAGAACAAGAAGGGGAGAGAAUGCAAAGCCUUGCAAUAAGUUUGUGUGUGAUGGCCAAAAUGUCUCUUUAUUCUGUGACUGGCUUUAUCUACAUGGCUUGGCACAUGGGAGUGAGCUGGGAACAGCCUCAUGAAGUUCCUGUUCUCAGCCCUUAACAAAUCUCUCCCUUUUCAGUUCAGUCACGGCGCCUUCUGUUCUACGAUGAGCAUGGGGGCUCCCUCGAGGAAGGCUACAGCUCCUUCAUCUCUGUGGAGCAUCCUGACAAGUGGGAAGCUGACCAACGCCAAAGCGAAGAACAGCGACCUCAGGAGCAUGUGCACAGCCCCCUGGCUGUGGCCCACGAAACAGCCAAAUACCUACACAAACCCCACCAGGAGGGGCCAGAUCAGAACCAGACCAGCUCAGCUCUCACUAACCCCAAGAAGCAAUUCCAGGAGAGGUAAGCAGAUGUGGGGCUUUCGUCUCUUUCCAGCUCAUACCAGCUAUAUUCCAUCUCCGAAGUGCAACGUGGGGUCUAAGCAGGGUUCCCAACUUUAAAGCAAACCACUAACCACUACUCCUGUGCUUUUAACAGAUCUGCAGGCGUCAGCCACUCAUGGUGUUUAUUUCCAUGCCAUGACGUGACUGCUGAUCGCAGUCUUCAAGAGUCACAAGGGCAGGCUGUGUUUUUUCUUCUCUGUUUGCAACCAUCAACCUAAAGUUUCUGAUCCUUCCCUGAGACCUCUUGCGUGCACAGCAUAAGCUCUUAACUCUGAGCUAUGUUCCAGGGUUUUCCAAACUUGGGUCUCAAGCUGUUUUUGAACUACAAGCUACCAGGAAUGAUGGGGACUGUAGUCCAAAAGCAGCUGGAGACCCAAGUUUGGGGAAACUUGGUCCAGGCAAAGAGAACCCCACCCCACUCAACUGACAGUGAAAAAUAAGGAAAUAGGAGAAUCUUCCGAGGAACCUCACCAGCCAACCUGAAAAAUAGAACAAAGGAUUUUGUGUUUUAUCUGUGCUUGUUUUGAGUCCCAGUUCUGGGGGGAAAGUGGGAUAGAAAUAUAUAAAAUGUUGUUGUUGAUGAUGAUUGUAAUGAGGAGGAGGCAGCAACAGAGCAGUUAUCAGAGGCCAGAGUUGAGAAAUAAAUAGCAGGUGAAAAAAUGACUGACCGGUACUUUUUUUCUUUCUUUCUGCAGAGACAGAAUCUCCAGUGAUGCAGCUGAAUACUUGUAGCAGCUGCCAACCCUCAAGGCCUCUUCCGUCUGGAUGUAGGAUCCUUUAGUAGAUGCCUGGUUAAGGCUGCAAUUCCAUGCAUGCUUACCUGGGAGUAUGUCCCAUUGAACCUGGUGGGACUAACUCCUGAGUAAGCAUGUGCUGGAUUACACUGUAAGGGGCGUGGGUUGCAACCCUAAACACACUUACUAGGGGAGAAGGUCCAUUGGACUUCCUUCUGCAUAAACAUGCAUAGGAUUGCACAGCACAUGGGAGAGGAUGUUCCAUUUAGACAUCUCCAAAUUGGCCCUGAGUUCCGCCUCUUAUACACUUGAUUCCCAGUGUCAAAAUUGCAUUCCCCACAAUCAGGGAUAGCGUCUGGCAACUUGGACAGAAGCCUCAGUCAGCCCUCUAAUUUACCCCCACUCACAAUCACCAUGGCCACCACUGGUUAUGUUCUUUCCUCUCUCUGCAAUAUGUCACCAAAAGUUCCCAACUUCUAGGCACACAAAUCUGUACUAUAUAAAUUUUCCCCAGCUGUGUCUGUCUCUGUGUCAGAAAAAGCUUAAUUUCUAUUUUGUGACUUAUUUUUACAUAGUUACAUUAAAAAAAAUGUAGAGAAUUCAAAGGCAGAGACAUAUUACAGUUAAAUGUUCAGAUAAGAGAAAAAGAAAAACAUUCUUCAAAAACCAGCAUAAAGAACCACUGUUCCAUAGUUAGACAUGCUCCUGGGCAUAGUCCAUGCGUGCCUCAAGUUCACAUGGUUGUACAGAGACCAAAAGCAGAAAUUGUUUGUACAUAAUGAACCUUAUUUUGUAUUAUUGCCAAUCCCUUAAGAUAUUGUAUUUUGGAGACUCUCAGAUCCUAUUUUCUGUAUUGUAUUUUAUUAAGAGUUAUUGCGAGCUUGGCCUCUAUGAACUUCCUCUCUUUGCAGGUCGCUAUUUCCUCUUAGUCUAGCAGCUGUCGUUUGCCUAGUUUUCUUUUUAAAUAUAUCACUCUUUUCCUCCUGUUACUAGCUCUGCAAUUGCUUUGGAGCAGCAAAAUUAAAAAAAAAAAAAGAUGCAGCAUC